UUGACCAUUGAUUAGAGCUGACAAGCAGCAUAACAUUCAUUUGACUUCUGGUUGCGUCACAGAGAACAGUACCUCGCAGUUUCCGUGGUAAGUACGCUGCUUCCUUUUCAGUUACAUAAUCAACUACUUCUAUUUUCUAUGAGUGUAUCUCAGUGUUCGUGGCUGAAGCAGCAGUCGGUUAAUUGGUGAUUAGGCUAGUGCUCUGAGCUCGUCUUCCACAUAGCCAUAGGGUAAGUUCGAGUUUUCGUUCCCAGAAGCUCAUAUGUAAGUUGUGUUUGCGUUUGCGUUUGCUGAUGAUUCUAGUCCCUGCAAGCGAUUGUCUACAGCAUAAGUUUGGGGCUAACUGCUUGAACGGCAGAAAUCUUAAUGUGAGAACAGUUGAGGUUCAGCUUGAUUCUGUAGCCGAUACUAAACUACCUGGCAUAAAGAGAGACAACUGUUUUUAAAUAACGGCAUCGAAUAUAGGAAAGCGACUUGGCCUCUUGAAAAGAACAGAUAAAUUUCUGUGACUGAAAGCUGAGAAGUUUGUUUUACGACUCACUUAUCCAGCUAAUACUUGACUACGGGGGUUACUUGGGGACAUGAAGCAAACCGAAGCCGCCCGUCCAAGACGUAAUCAAUUUACAGAAACGAUGCGCCAGAGUAAUCCUAGACAAAAAAUGAGACACCCCCCUCGGGGCCUUUAUUUAGAGACCUUAACGUCAUGCCAUGAUUUGAUAAAAGACAAGAACGAGCUUACAGUGGCAUCCAGUUACGCUUACUUGGAGAUUAGAUCGAGAAGGUUUAGGAUAACUGUAUAGGAAUAUUUUUAUUUAUAAAAGUGACCCUGUUCUUUUGGCCGGUAUUACCGGAGAAAAUGGUACCGUCCAGCGGGACAUCCUGAGUUUUAGCAACAUUUGUUAGGAGGCAUAUCAUAUCUGGGUUUUUAUUGCUAAACGGUCAUUCUUUAGGUUUUUAAAAGGCCAGGGUAACUAAACAGGAGUGUUUUUUCUUUCGUAAAAAAUGCCUUGUCCUUUUGGCCUGUAUUAUCUAAGGAAAUAGUACCGCCUAGCAGGACAUCCUAAACUAUGUCAGCAGUUGCUUGCAUGUAUUACUACAUGACAUGCAGCUUGUUAUUGUUACAUUGUAAUACAUACCUUGCCCUCUGAAGGCUUUUUCCUACCAGCUGGGGAUAGAUGAACAAAGAUAGUUUAAUUCAUUCCUUGUUGUUGUAAUCAGAUGGGGAAGUGCAAAACCCUUUUUCUGGUUUAACAUUUGAAAUCCAAGGAUAACCAAACAGGAGUGGUUUUUUAUUUUUGAAAAUUGUCUAGCGUCUGAACUUUUAACAGGGGCACCCAACGCGAAUAUAGUUCAAAACCACUUAAACAUAGCAUUGUUGAACGUAUUUUAAUAUUUAAAAGGUAGAUGUAGGCAUAUUUUUAUCCCCCCCAAAUUUUUUCAUCUGUUCGGAUUUCCUAGCUGAAAGUCUAGUGAUCUGAAAAUUAUAGGGAUCAAAACUUACAUUUUCGAAAAUUUCAGCCAUGAAAAAGGCUCCCGAAAAUUCUAGGUGACCUUUUUAGAGUGAAAAUCCGUUAAAAAUGGGCAAUUAUUCCAUUUUUUAGAUGUUCGAAAAUCCUAGGAGAGGCAGGCAAGCAAGAAAUUUUACAACAAAAGUUCCGAAAAUUCUAGAUCUCAAAUCGUCUUCCGAACAGAUAUUUUCCGAAAAUUGACGUUGGGUGCCCCUGUUUUAAUACCUGCGUAUAGUUGGGAAUUAUCCGGCUGCUUAGGUACUCUGCAGACUAAUCAGUAACAGUAGUGAUGUAUGAAAUUUGUUUUGAUGGAUAAUACUUAAAAGUUCAUAUUUAUUUUGAUGGAAUUGCAUAAUGAAUGACUUUCCAUUAAAUAAUGUUUAUUGCAAAGGUGAUGAAAUAGCAAAACCUACCAUACAGACAAAGACACCACAAUCAGUUGAGUUUAAUUGCUGUGGUACAACUGUAAUGUAGAAAUUGAACAGAACUUGUAACUGAUGGGUUUCUGUAAUUUCGUCCAUGAACGAAGAACAAAGCAUACCGUAAAAUUCCGAAAAUAAGUCCUGGGCUUAUAUUUUUCAAAGGCCCUUUUUGAGGGGCUUAUUUUUGGAGGGGCUUAUCUACGGAGGGAAAUUUGCGUUUGAAAAUCGAUUGGGCUAGCCUUAUAGCAGGGAAUAAAUGUACCAUUUUUGGUUUGUUUUACUAUAUAUUUGAGGAAAUUUUCCAAGUACAAGUCCCCAGGGGGCUUAUAUUUGGAGAGGCGAUUUAACGGAGGUUUUUUUGCGUUACCGGUUUGAGGGGCUUAUAUUUGAAGGGGCUUAUACACGGAGGAACUCAUUUUCGGAAUUUUACGGUUUCUUGUUAUGAAAUUGGUAGACAGUUACAAUGCACUGUCUAUUUAGCCUAGCUUCCUCUUCAAAGUUUUUAAUAUAUUUUUUUUCAAUUCUUUUUUCAAUAUUUUUUUAAUGAGCACUAGUGAGCAGCACAAAGCAACGCGAGGAUCUUGUUUACUUGAUUUAUUUAUCCGACCGGUAGUGGGGUUACUGGGGCUGUUGACAGUUGGGGAGAGGGGCCCGCGGGAAGUUAAAAAUAGAGAGUCUCCCGAAUCAACAACCAAGGUUGAUUGCUGCCAAGGUAGGUAGGUUUUUGGGUAUGGUAAUGUAUGAUAAGGAGUUUGAAACAAAAGAAAAUCAAAUUUAGACCAAAGAUAAAAUUGAACCACAAUUUCAGUAUGGAGAGGUGGGGGGAGGGGGUGGAGGUGGGGUGAGAAUAAUGUUGUUGUCACAAAAAAAAAAGAAUUUUGAUUUGUUUUGAUAGUGCCAGCCAUAGAGUACAGCCAACUGUACCAACCUUUUUUUUGCUGAGUGAUACUGACCAGUCAAACAACACACAAAUAAUGAGGUCAGGAAAUAACAAUUAUUCUAUAACAACAAUAAAUAAUAGUAACAACAAUAAUAACAAUAAUAUUUAUGAUAAUAAUAGAUCUAACUGUAUAACAUGAAUGAAAGGAUAUCAUUUACAAAAUCGACUGCUGAUAUGAUCAAUCAGGAAUUUUUCAAAGAACAUGAGAAUCUCAAACAUCGCAAAGUAUACCGUAAAAUCACGCUUCCCUGGCGGCACCUCUAGCUGUCAGUUUUGAGUACUCCCUAUAGAUUGUCCCCCUGGGUGGACAUUCUUAGGUGAUUACAACAACAAGGAAUGAAUAAAACUAUCUUUGUUCAGCUGACCCCAGCUGGUAGGAAAAAGCCUUCAGAGAGCAAGGUAUAUACUUCAAUGUAACAAUAACAAGCUGCAUGUCAUGUAGUAAUACAUGCAAGCAACUGCUGACAUAGUUUAGGAUGUCCUGCUAGGCGGCACUAUUUCCUUAGAUAAUACAGGCCAAAAGGACAAGACAUUUUUUACUAAAAAAUAAAACACUUCUAUUUAGUUACCCUGACCUUUUGGGAACCUAAAGAAUCACCGUUUAACAAUAAAAAAACCCAGAUAUGAUAUACCUCCUAACAAAUGUUGCUAAAACUCAGGAUGUCCGUUGGACGGUACUAUUUUCUUCGGUAAUACCGGCCAAAAGGACAAGGCCACGUUUAUGAAUAAAAAUGUUCCCAUAGAGUUAUCCUAAGCUUGUAGCAACCUGCAGAAAUCCAGUCCUACAACACAGUUUAACAAUGAAAGCUAGAGGAGAUGUACAUGCCAACAAAUGUUGCUAUAAUUUAGGAUGUCCCUUUAGACGGUACUAUUUUCUUCGGUAAUGCCGGCCAGCGGGACAAGACAAAUUGAUAAGACAUUUAUGAAAGGAUUGCUUACCAUACAGGACCAAGAACACUUCAAAACUCACAAUAAACGCAAACUUCGUCAGUAAUACCGUAAAUCACGCUUCUCUGGCGAUAAAACGGCUCCUUUGGCUGUCAGUUUUCACCACGCUUGAGCCGCCAUAUUGGAUGUUUUCGAGAAUUUCCGAAGUCGGCCCGAAUCAGAAACUCGUUCCUAGUACUCCUCGGCUGUCCUUUUGAACGGUAUGAUUUAGGCACAACCCACAGAUAGCGGGUAGAGGUGAGGAAUAUUAUUGAAGUUGUUUUUAUUUUGCUCAAGCUUAUCUGAUCUUGUUUCCUUUCAGAAAUUCCUCUGAUUAUACUUUUAAUGUCACAAGCGUACACGUAGUGAGCAGGGGCACCCAACGACAAUUUUCGGAAAAUAUCUGUUCGGAAGACGAUUUGAGAUCUAGAGUUUUCGGAACAUUUGUUGUAAAAUUUCUUGCUUGCCUGCCUCUCCUAGGAUUUUCGAACAUCUAAAAAAUGGUAUAAUUUCCCAUUUUUGACGGAUUUUUUGCUCUUAAAAGGUCACCUAGAAUUUUCGGGAGCCUUUUUUCUGGCUGAAAUUUUCGAAAAGGUAACUUUUGAUCCCUAUAAUUUUCGGAUCACUAGACUUUCAGCGAGGAAAUCCGAACAGAGGAAACAUUUUUAAAGGCUAAAAAUAUGCCUAUAUCUACGUUUAAAUACUAAAAUACAUUUAACAAUGCUAUGUUUAAGUGGUUUUGAAUUAUAUUCUCGUUGGGUGCCCCUGAGUGAGGCGACGAAUGCUUGUUAAAAAAGGUUAAGCUUAACUGAUAUUAAGUUCUUAAAUGCAAACUACAGGAAUCAUACACGAUUCACUUGAAAAUUUCGAAACGUGUGCUCAUCAAAAUACGAAGAAAUUUUAAUUCAAAUCUGGAGGCUCAAGUUGAGCGCAAAGUCCACUCUAAUAAUUAUUAUUGGGCUAUUGCAAUAAAUAUCCGUACCCUUCCCCCCCACCCACCAAUUGAGGUCUUGCCUUUUCUUCUAGCCCCUAAAGAUUUUAAAAAAAUUCAUUCACUUCUGAACACGUCCAUCAAAUAUGGGUUUACCCCUCAAUAAUAUGGGUCUGGUCUACCCAGGGCUGUCAUUAAGAGGCAGGGAACCAGGGAUUUCCUCCUGCGAGGCCCUCGCCUACUUUCAAAGGACAACUUGUUGUAUUUAACCCGCAAUUAUUCCUCUCGCCCUCAUGGGCUAUUGACUUAAAGGCCAUGAUAGGCUUUGGUAGAUUGUGCUCGAAAAAAAAGCAUAUUAUGCUUUUAGCAGUGCUCAAAUUUUUAAGAAAUUAUGUCAAAAUUAUGCUACUUUCUGAAAAUUAUACUCUUUGUCACCGAAAUUAUGCUACUUAACUUUUACAUUGGUUUUAAGGAAAAUAAAGAUCAUCAGUAGCUUAACUCUAUCAAUUUUGACUUUAAUGAACAUUCACAUAGUCCACCUUCCAGUCUUACAGUCUUUAGCAUCGCAAAUACGCAUGUGCACACCUCGAAAAGCCAAAUGAUUAACAAAUGAUACCAAAAUCAACCGUUUCUGGGUUCUGAAUCUGGGUCGGAAAGUUAAAGCCCACAUGUUUGUUUUAGACGCCAUCCAGGCAAAGCCUUCAGUUCAGUAUAAAGACAGCUAUGCAUGUUGUUAAUCUCUGUGUUAUCGGUUCUUGUACUGAAGCAUUACACAAGCCUGUAAGUAGUCCACAAGAGCAUGCUCUUGUGAAUCGUUGAACGAUGAGUUAAGAAUAGAGAAUACUCGUUCAGCUGCUGCAGACGAGCGCUGCACCAGCAGAACCUUCAUAACUGCAGAAGACCAAUGGGGUAGGUUGUCAGAUUGUUGCCACCACCACUUCACUUUAUCUUCUUCGCAGGGCAUGAUGACGUCCUGGGAGGCGGCAGGAUAGUUAGGCAGUCUCUCAGAUAUGCACAGGGUGACCUCCGCCGCCUACCGGACCAUAUUUGACCAUGGGCCUUAGCACAGACCUCAAUAUUUUCCAAAAACAAUACAGAAAUAAAAUACAAACUGAAUUUUUCUAGAGCUAUGAUGCUUUUUUUGUUUUCAAUGCAUAAAAGCUCGGAUUAUGCUAGCAGUGCUAAACUGAAAUAAAAGCUUAAAAUAAUGCUUGUUUUGCUGAAUUAUGCUUAAAAUUAUGCUAGCACAAUCUACCAAAACCUAGGCCAUUAGGGUGAGAGGAAUAAGUACUGUUUUAGUAAAAUCCAACUCGUUGGUCAAAAAUGUCGAGACAAAACAACUUAAAGCAAGACUUAAAUACUUUUUUGCUGCCAAAAAUCCGGCGCUUUUCGCUACUAGUGGGCUAUAACAUAUAGCCUAGUAGUAGGUCAACCAAUCAGAAUGCAGUAUUUUUUUUUUCAUUUUAUUUUUUCUUAUUAUUAUUACUUUUUAAUAUUUAUUAAUUAACAAAAAAAAAUAAUUACAAAUACGUGUUCUUUUAACUAUUCAAAACAAUAAAUUAUUUCCUACUUUCGCAGCGGGCUGAAAAUAAUAUAUAUAGAGAGAGAAAAAAAAAACUAAAUUCGUAAAGGAAAGAAACUAAAUUAAAAGGAAAAAGACGCAAACCUAAUAAGUGAAACAGUACAGCAGUAAAGUGUAGCUUAAAGGAAUAAGUAUUAUGGAAAUUAUGGAAAUGACACUAGCAUUCACAUGUCUAAAGAAGUCUGGCCCAUGUUUUUUUAAAUUGCGAUAAGCAGUUAGAUCUAAAAGCUAUGGUACAAAGAAUAUCAAUUUUGUUAUUGAGACGCAGUAGAAAACUGUCAAAGUCCAGGACGCUGUUGUGUACGCUUGUAGCAAAAACAUUACAUUUGGCCACAAUCGAACAGUAAUUAAGCACUUCCCAGUUACUUGACUCUUUGUGCCAACCAUAUAAAAUAGUGCUUUCAGUGUUUUAUAGAUUGACUUUCAAGGUUGCAUAAAGGACAAACAUCAGUAUCUGUUAUGCACUUGUGGAAGAGGCUAGAUUGGGUAGGUAAAAUAUUGUGAAUAAUUUUGACUUGGAACAUGAUCAGUUUUGGUUCUUUCAAGAUUUUGAACUGGAGCAUAUAGAUGUAAGGAAUUUCCUCUUUGGUGAAACCAUGAUCUAAAAUUCUGCCUUCAGCAGUGGGUGCUGAGAAGCUUUUGUCAAGUAUGGAAGAAUAGGCUUCUUUUGUGGAACGCAGUAUUGAUAAUAGACCAUUAGUUGGAUUUUACUAAUAACAAUUAUUCCUCGAGCCCGAAUGGGCUAUUAACUCAGAGGCCAUGAGGGCAAGAGGGAUAAUAAUUACAGGGCUCGAAAUUAACGCUCGCAAACUCGCAAAAUGCGAGUGAUUUUGAUAAUCUGCGAGUAAGAAAAAUAUCCACCAGCAAACGAUUGCGAGUUAGAAUUAUCCAUGUCUCCCAAACAAAGGGAAAUAAUUUGCUUGUGGUCUCACCAGUUUGCUAGUGGAAAAAAAUCUUACUAGCAAAACUUUGCAAGUGCACUAAAAAGAUAACUUCGAGCCCUGAAUUAUUGUUUUAGUAAAAUCCAACCAGUUGGUCAAAAAAAUUGAGACAAAACAACUUUAGCUAGCAAAAACACAUUUCAGCCGUGAUUGUUUUGGUUGGGCUAUAACAUAUAGCCUAGUAGUAGCUCAACCAAUCAGAACAGAGCAUUGACAAUAGCCAUUAGUUGCACUUUACUAAAAUGCAAUAGUCCAUGUGCAGCUAGGUGAAUAUAAACUGCAUGAGCUUAGUCUUGAACUGUAUAGAAAAGUUCAAAUGAGAAAACUUCACCUAAAAACCCACAGUCAUCAAAGUUGACCUCAGCCAAAAUAACCAAUGAUGCUUGUGUGACUAUUAAGCAAUAGACCACACUUUCUAUGGGUUUACCGGCGUGAUAACCCACGCGGGAUGUUGGGAGAACACGAGAAAAGCUUGUAAAUCACGAGCCGAAGGCGAGUGAUUUACAAGCUUUCUAAAGUCAUCAUAAGUCAAUCAUGACUCACGAUUUAAUAGCGCUGAACUUUCUCAAAACUCAGUUCAGUCAAACAACAAACAGCAGCACUUCAAAAUACGAGUUUUUGCACUCAUUGCAUGAUAACUUAUGAAAGCUGUUUUACAGGAAAAGUCAACAUUUAUUCAUGGGAACGUACAAUGAAAGAAUACGUUCAUGGUUUGUUUACUACAGAAGUAGAAAUUAAUUGAACAUCAGACUGUACGCAGCUGUAUUCUUUUGAGUCGAUCCGCAAGAAUUUCGUGCUUACAGACGGAACUGGCAGCUAUUUUAAUGGAGGACUUCAUUCACAUUUUACAAGCCGCAGUGGUUUAAGAUCUGUUUUCUGGACUUUAUUAUGAUUAACAAAUGCUGCGGUAACGACGUGGCUGCUUUUGCGAAGUUGUUGCAUGUAUCUUAAAAUGCACGUACAGCGACCGAUGGAAAUAUGUCAGUGGUGGAGAAAGGUUUCUUUGCCGUAGCCACAUAUUGGCGUUCAUAUUUGUCGAUUUGUAAAGUCAGGUGGUUUGAGGUAGGUUAUGGCAUCGAUAUCACCGAAUAAUUUGUGCAAAUGUUGGAAAAAACUAGCCCGAAACUCUAACAUCUUUCAUCAUUGUUGGCAGCUUGUUUACAACCAACAGCGGCCAAUUUUAUACCAUAUCUUGAUAAGAGAUCUCUUUUUGGAACAAUUUCUUUCAUUAAGGAAUUUAAUUUUGACAUUAAAUAAAUCAAGAAUGCUAAAACUAUCCGUUUGUUGCUGGUUGGCACAUGGUUAAGUUUUUCUGGAGACUUUUUACACCAGAAAUUCACACAGUUGUUGCCUUUCUCCUUUGGCAUCGUCGUGAAAUGUAAACUGCUUUCCAGCUUUGUACUUUAUUACUUCUAAGGCUAUGGCAGUAAUAAAAUGUGGAAACCAACGCUUUUGAUAUUAAAAAGGGCUGGGUAAGUAACUUGUUCUGUUUUUUAGCCUUUCUAAAAUCAUUGUUUGCAGAUCAAUAGCCGGUUUUGGCUCGUGGUCCGGAUGCCUUUUUCUAUGGGUUUACCGGUAUAAUAAACCAUAGGUUUUUGACCAAUCAGAUCACGCGUACUAUCUCAGUUAUUUUAUAAUAAGUAAUAACAUAUUAGAAUUAGAUUAUCAGUUAGAUUGCAGUAAGUAUAGUAGAGGUCAUGAGAACAAAGAAAGAUAAAAUUAAUGACAUCAAAUUAAAGAGAGAGAAUAAAUUAUAGUUACAUAAAAGCUAAUUGAAUUAAUUAAAAAACUGCAUGAUUUUCUGUUUCUUCUUCUGCAAAGCAACUAAGCUUGAAUAUGGAGGCAUUCCUAACACCUUCAACAAGACCCUUUAGCUGAUCAAAAGCAGUCUCUUCAAAUUCUGUUGGUAGCUAGCUUACUACUUCAAGAAGGCUUCUUGAAAAUGUUCGUAUGGAAGAGAUUGUUAGUAAACUGGUCUCAUAAAGUCAGUCAAAGAUUGAACUGAACUGUUCACUUGCAAUCUUUUAUUGUAGGUCUAGAACAGCAUGUGCGUUUGGUAUAAAGAUUUCAAAUUAGAAAAUGACAGAAUUCAUUCUUAUGAUCACUGAGUUUUUUUACCGAAUACAGAUGGCUUUGCUCACCCCAGCAGGCAAGUGGCUGGUUUAGUCCACUGGCCUGUUUGAGGCAUAUAUAUACUCUUAUAUCUUGUGCAUUCGCAGAAUUUGCAAAACAAAGCCCAUUUUUAAGCUUGGCCAUUCCUAUGGAAAUGCCUGAGCAAUAAAUACAGCAACCUAGUGUAAAUAAGUCAGUAAGUGAUCAUGAGUCAUAAAUAUCGGAUGACAGCUCUAACCCUUUCAAAUCAUUGAACUGCCCAUGUGUGAGCCAAGGCUCACAAAUGUAUUUUUUAGAAGAUAAAAUAUUCCAGUCUUAGCUUGCUGUGAAAUUGGAGGCAGGAUAUGAAUAUUAAGGAUCCAGUGACAGAGAUUAUGCAGCACAUUUGAAUAUUUUCAGCCUAUUAUCAGCAGAAAAAUAAGGAUAUUUAGCCUGGGGCAAAAAAACAUUCUUAUAAAAAAGGACGGUACCACUCAAAUUUUACAUUUCAUAUAUAGAACACUAUUGAGUUGGGUUACUGUUAGUGUGACAAAACAUUGCAGAAAACCAUCACAUUGACCGACAAAGGAAAAUUGAUUAGUUAUUCAGAUCUAGAAGGCACUGGGAAAAUUAAAGAACAAUAAAUCCUCAUUUAGCCUGAAUAAAAAGCUUUACAUUUCAAAAGAGGUUAAAGGAAAUGCUCUUGCACUAGAGGGCAAAUCCUGUUGACUAUAAACAAAAAAGAUAAGAGAAAAUCAAUAUGUGUGUCAUGACCUCUCAGCAGUGUGAAACAACAAAACAAAAUAAGCAGCAGAGAUCGCAUAUUUAAUUUGGCCGCAGUCUAAAUUUAGAACCCUCCGGAGUAUAAUCUACCCUUUAGAGAAUUAAAGAGUACUAAUUACAGGAACAAGCAGCAUUUUGGCAGAAGCAAAAGUACAUCUAAUGCCUGUCAACCCCUUUUCACUAAAAGCAAUUUGCUAGAGGAGGGAAAGACAGCAAUUUCCUGAGCAUGCCUUCAGCUCAUGAGACUUAAACCCCUUUAACCCUAAUCACCAUAGUCAGGGCUUAACUCUGGAAUCCCUAUUAGUCACUUUAUGGCUAAUCAAUACUGAUGACAUUGUUUAAGCUUAAUCCCCUGACCUGCCCAUCUUGACUCAUGACUCACUGACUCUUUCACAUCAUAAAACAAGCAGAAUGGAAUUUACUCCACCGAAAGAUAUGAGUACAAGUUUAGUACUAUCUAUAAGAGAAUCACCUGUGACUAAUCUUCUCUAUAUUUUCUUGUUAUGUAUUGGACAGGAACAUGAAAGAGUGACAAUAUUCCUGGACAUAAUUCCCUUGUCAAUGUCAUACUUGUACCUGCCAUCUCAAAUUCAAAGUGACAUCUGUAAUGAGAUUGUUGACAUUCUGAACAAAUUGCAAUUGACCACAAUCCAGGAUUUAUGUUGGGAGGAUCACUGUGAAACGUGUUUUUCACCAUCACAUGGGUGAGGAGGUACACUGUAAUGUUACACUUUGUCUGACCUCUCAGAAGAAGAAAUAAAGACAGCUGGGUAUACUGACAAGUUAAAAAUUUGGCUACAAUUGUUAUCUGACCAUGGAUCCUAUUCACAAAAAGGUCCUUGCAAGCAAGACUUCUGAAAUAAUGAAGAGGAUUUCAAAUCCAGUGAUUUUAUCUGUACAUCUUAAAACAAUAUUUAGUACUGGAGACUUGGAGGAAAUCGAGGCGAAAACUUUGCAACGUGGGGCUACCACUGGAACACAAACCAUGCUCACUUUACUGGAAAAGAGAGGACCUAAGGCUUUUACCCUGUUUAUACAUGCCUUACUAGAUCCUGCCAUUAGCUGUGCUGAUCUGGCAGAUGAUUUGGAGCAAGAAGAAAGAAAACUACGAGGGGAAGCAGGUGAGUUCUUCAUCCUUUGGGAAAUUACUACAGUAUUAUUGCCAAUGAGCAGCCUCACAAAGAUGCAAGGCUGGGAGGCGGCAGCCUAAGAGAUCCGUGCGUGAUUGUUCCAGGGGCAGAAAAAAUCUUGAAUCGAUGUAACAUAGAGUAAUGUAAGGCAACCAUGACAUAAUGCACAACAGAGAAUGCAUUGUUUUCGAGAGAGCACCUGAUACAGAUCAGAGAAUCAGCGAGCUAUGUGUGUGUUUGUGAGUCCCGUGUUCAUCCCGUCUUCAACCAAUCCUUGGGUGGAUCAUUUCCAUUCUACGCUAUAUCUGUUGCAUUUGCCCCCUGGAAUUUUUUAUUGCAUGCUGCUAAGAAAAAUAACAGUGUCGCGAAAUUUAUUGUCUUUGAAGCAAAAUAAUUCGUAAGGCUUCAUUGGUGCACCAUAAUUUUUUUUGCCUUAAAAAGAGACCAAAUAUAAGUCUGUGCGUUGAGAAUACUUGCUGACAUUAAUAUGAUUUUUUGAGGAUUUUAAGUUUGCUUAUAAGUUCACUAAAUUUUUCGCAAAAUGACUUGGUUGUGCAACUUCGGACAAAAAUACAAACUUCAAAAUCUCGGAAAAUUUGCUAUGUUAAGUAGGGAUUUCAAAUCCUUUAUGCAGGAGAACAGUUUGGUUCACUAUUUUCAAGAGACAACUUAAAGUAAAGGGCAUACAAACACCAAACCCAUGAUCCGCCUUCCCCGUGCAUGUCGUGGGAGAACUGCUGUGUGGUUCCCAGCCAACAGCUCCCCCAUGUGUUGGCACUUGAAGGACUCCCCUCGGCAGGAAAGGGUCUUUUAUACAUGGGUUUGCCCCGUUCUCUGACCGGCGGCUGUGCCAUGCUGAUGACCCCCAGUAAGGGGAAAACAGCUGUCCAUGCAGGCUCCCACUGCCCGCGUGAUAUGGCUGUGGACAUGCAUGAGGUAAUGGCCAGGCCGUGGGUUGGUGUAUGUUUGCCCCUUGCUUUAAUUUACUGGUAACUCGUUAUCCACCUUCCCUGCGCAUGUCGUGGUAGAACUGCUUUGCAGUUCCCAUAUGUGUUGUGUGGAGCUGGCGCUUGAUAGACUGCUUUGCACUCACCUCGGCAGUAAGGGGUUUUUGAGACGCGGGUUUUCCCCGUUCAUUAACCCAAUGCCUUUGCAACGCUGCUGAGCCCCAAUAUGGGCGAAACAGCUGUCUGUGGCUGCCACUGCCCGCAUGAUAUGGCUGUGCCCAUGCGUGAGGUACUGGCUCGGCUGUGGGCUGGUGUGUGUGUGCCCCUUAAUGCUUUAAGUUUGCAUUAUUUUCAAGGUAAUUUUCGCUAAUGCAAUCGAAUUAAGUUCAAGCUAUUUUUCAUCAAUUACUGUAUGUUAAGGCAUUUCUAUACAAAUUCAACAGCGCGCGUAUAGGUAGAAUCUUUUCUCAUCGGCACUUAGCGAUAGCUAUAACUAGUUAAAAUAAGAUUAUAAGCCACUGCAUUGUAGUGCUGCUAAAUGCUCUUCUUGAGGCUUAUAGAUUGAAUAGGCCGGUACGUCAGCUUGUAUCUUCAAUCAGUUGUUUUUACUAUAAAAAAUGUAGCACAAAAGUGGGUUGCUUCUUGAGCUAUUUUUUGGGUGUUUUUAGUUUGUGCUUCGUGAAGUUGAUACAGCCAUGUAAAAGUAAUCUGAGAUCAGGCCCCAUUAUAGCAAGUUUCAUUCUAUUUUUUUACGUGCUGCACGUCAGAACAUUUACUUACCAAGCAAAAUGAAAAUAGAGCCUGAUCUCAGGUUACGCAAAAACUUAGGUGAGGUCAACGAUAAGGAAGGUUGCGAGGAGAAGAAGGCAGAAAACCUUGGUUUGCCCAGCUGUAUAUCUUACUUAACGAACUACAAACAAAAAACACACCGAAAAACAACCUGCACUUUUAGUAUGAUAAUGAAAAUGAGUAACAAAAAAUAUCAUCUAGCUACAAUAUCCUGGACAAAAGUCCUUGGGACAGUACUGCAAUAUUCAUAUUUUUCUGUCAUUUCUCUGAUCGGUUCCCUCUUAAAACAGUGCAUCCUUUUCGAAAUUUUCUUGCAGUUCUCCCUCCCCCCAGCAUGUCAUUUGCAUGCCCUCAUUCAUUUUUCGGUUAUUGAUUUCAUUACAUGUGUAUUAAUUUUUUUUGAAAGGUUUUAAGUCCCACGAUGGGACCACCAAGUUCAUGCAAAAACCCCCAAGAUUCAUCCUUGUUCUCAAGGUUCUCGUCCUCUCUUUCUUCCCUCCUUCCUUGGUGUGUUGUAUUUAUUAAAACAUCUAUUUGGUCUAAUAAGAGCUGCAUGAGUAUACCAUAUUAUGCAUUUACGCAGAGUUUUAUAACAACAUAUUAAAUGAAAGAAGAAAUUGUGAGGCAUUUAAUAUGUUGAGACAAGCAACUUAAAUUUGUUAUAAGUAUUGCUAAAGUUGCAUGUAUAUGUUGUGGUUCAAUUUUAUCCCUUUUUAAAAUUUUAUUCCCCAUUGUUUUAAGCUCAUUAUCAUACAAUACCAUACCCCAAAACAAAGGGAAAUAAAAUUUAAACCAGGGAUAAAAUUGAACCACAACAUAUAUACAUGUAAGUAUUAUAAUUAUUAGAUGAUUGUUCUACAAAUGAUGACUUUCUUGAAAAUAUUUUAUUCUUUGAGGUCAAAAUUUGUUGACAACAACAGCUCUGUUCAGUUUAGUACAUUUCACCAUUGGUUGUGCUUUGCAAACUAUUAAUACAUCAUAAUUAUGUCGCACAUGUACACUGUUACAUACCUCUCUAGGGCUCCUCUGUUAACUACCGUUGUCAAAUUUUAAUACAAGUUUGAUUUAAAUGGAUUAAACAGGGGCUUUAAUAAGAGAAGCGACCAGUGCUCCAGCAUCACCUAACCAAUGGGAUAUUAAUGAUUCUGCAGGAACUUUUAACUUUGAACAAGAGAAAGUCACCCUAGGUAAGCCUAUUGAUUAUAUUAAGAAAUCUAUGGUCUUUCUUUGCCCUGAAUGCACUACAAAUUAAUGUUACUGGGAAAUAAAAAUUUUGUCUUCUGAUCAGAUGCUUUAGGUCAGGUCCAAAACCCUUGACCAAAAUGCAUGUCUAGUCCAGGUGCCUUAUCCAACCUGGGACUUUUUCCAUCAUGAUGUCACUUAUAUAUUCUACUAGGUUAUGGGCAUAACAGAUUGUACUGCAAUGUUGAUUUCCUCUUUUUGUCAACUUAUUUAGGACCAAUCUGCUUGUGACUCUUCAUGUCAAACAUUCUUCCAAAUUACUUCUGUUUAAGGGAGCUUCCUAGGUUCAAGUUUGGUCAGUCACUCAGCAUACAUGUAAGGUGUCAUCCUUAAUUGGUGUACUGCCUCUUGUUGGUAAUGGUUGAACUAGCCAGAGCGAUAGCAGCAUCUCCUGGCUUCUACAUGAAGCCCAGUUUGCAUUUAUAAUGCCACUUUGACACAGCACCAAGCUUGUGUGCUGCGCUUGUUGUGGUCAGUGUUUCUAGCCAUUUUUGGCCAUGGGUGGGGUUGUCAGACUCCAUGGUAUUGGUAUUAUCAUGCCUCUCCCUUUGGGCCUUUUCCCAGUGUUUACUUGUUUAUCUCUUAGCGUGUCUAAAUGGAGUGUCAAAGUGCCUCUUUGUCAUCUGGGCUGGGCAGCCUUAUGCGAUAAUUUAAGUAUGGAACACAAGUCUGAAGAGCCUCUAGUUUAGUGUGUGAACCAUACAGAUUGAGCUUUAUCAUAUUUCUUCUUUUACAUUGUACUUGUUGUUGUUGUUGUUGUUGCAGGGUUUAUGGUGUAAAAACCACUAUUUUUAUAACAACUAUUGUAUCACUGAUUGAAGAAAAGAAACAGUUGCACAUUAAAGUGGAACCUUGAUAUAACAAACCUCUAUAUAAUAAGUCCUCAGAACAAUAUUCUUCAUCUCAGCAAUAGUACAAUGGAAAAGAACCUCAAUAACCUUGUUAUAGUGAAUAUAUUCUUUUACCAGCCCGCUGGUGCUCCAUUAUGUCAAGGUUCCACUGUUAUGUUUUUGUCAAGUUGAGAACACUACUCGUUGUUUUUAUUUUUUAUGUAUUUUCUUGGAUAUUAAAACUGAAAAAGCACCUUACCAGGCUAGUUAUAGUAAUUGGUUUUGUUUGAUUAAAUUUAGGUUCUCUUGUGAAGGACAUUCCUUUUGCAGUACGCACAAAGAUUGAACGGAUGAUGAACGUCAAUGACCAUAAUGACCAUAACUGGAGGGGUCUGGCUGCAGCCAUGAUGUUGUCAGUUGAUGAGGUUCGACAAAUGGAGGAAGGAGAAAAUGGGAAAAUGACAGGACUCUUUGAUAACAUGAUAGACACCAAAAAAACCAUUAAAGAUUUUUUUGACUUUCUGAAACAUCCUGCUGUUCAGAGACUGGAUGUCAUAGAUGAAAUUGUAGAAGAUUGUGGUCUUCCAACAGAAUUGUCAGAAAGUGUAAGCUCUGAAGUAACCUUAGGUAAGCCCAUUAAUUAUAUUUAGAAAUCAUUCUUUGCUCAAGUUCUAUGCCCUGAAGUGCACUAUAAAUUAAAGUUACUGGGAAAUGGAAGUUUUGUCUUCCAAUCAGAUGUCUUAGGUGUGACUGUAGCUGGUUUGCAAUGCAGAGGUCAGGUCCCAACCUCUUUUACAAAAUCGAGUCUAGUCUAGGUGCCUUCCAAUUUGGGACUUUCAUCUUCCAAUCAGAUGUCUAGGUGUGAAUGGAGCUAGUUUGCAAUGCUGAGAUCAGGUCCAAAACCUUGAUCAAAAUGCAUGUCUAGUCCAGGUGCCUUCCAAUUUGGGACUUGUUUUAUGAUGAUGUCACUGAUUCUAUAAGGUUAUGGCCUUCAUAACAGAUUGUACUGCAACGUUGAUUUCCUCUUUUUGUCAACUUAUUUAGGACCAAUCUGCUUACGACUCUUCAUGUCAAAUAUUCUUCCAAAUUUCUUCUGUUUAAGGGAGCCUCCUAGGUUCAAGUUUGGUCAGUCAGCUCAGCAUACAUGUAAGGUGUCAUCCUUAAUUGGUGUACUGCCUCUUGUUGGUAAUGGUUGAACUAGCCAGAGCGAUAGCACCAUCUCCUGGCUUCUACAUAAAACCAAGUUUGCAUCCAUAAUGCCACUUUGACACAGCACCAAGCUUGUGUGCUGCGCUUGUUGUGGUCAGUGUUUCUAGCCAUUAUUGGCCAUGGGUGGGGCUGCCAGACUCCAUGGUAUCAGUAUUAUCUUACCAUUCCCUUGGGCCUUUUGCCAGUGUUUUCUUGUUUAUCUCUCACAGUAGCAUGUGUAAUUGAGAUACCGAAGUGCCUUUUUGUCAUCUGGGCUGAGCAGCCUUAUGUGAUAAUUUAAGUAUGGAACACAAGGCUGAAGAGCCUCUAGUUUAGUGUAUGAACCAUACAGAUUAAGCUUUAUCAUACUUCUUCUUCCACAUUGUACUUGUUGUUGUUGUUGUUGCAGGGUUUAUGGUGUAAGAACUACUAUUUUUAUAAAAGCUAUUGUAUCAUUAACCAACCAUCAUCUUUAAUAACAAAUCAUUGCUCUGUCAUUCUUAAUCUCAUCGCAAGAAAUUUGUAAUCAAGUGACCACGGCAUUACUGUUUUUGCAUAAAUAAUUGCAUACCCAUGUUCUUUGAUUAGUAAAGCUUUGCCCAGAUUGAAGCCUAUGGGGUAAAUCACUGAUUGAAGAAAGAACUGAUGUUUCCCUUGACUUCGUCUCAGGAAACAUCAGGACUCUCGGGAAAACAAAACUAACUGGUUCCCUUCGGGAUGUGACAUUAAGGGUGUAAUAUUCUUCGUCUCAGCAAUAGUACAGUGGAAAAAAUCUCGUUAUAGCGAACGUAUUUUUUACAAGCCCGCCGGCACUUCAUUAUAUCAAGGUUCCACUGUACUGAUAUAUUUUUGUCAAAUAUGUAUUUUUUUUGGAUAUUAAAACUGAAAAAGCACCUUACCAGGCUAGUUAUAUAGUAAUUGGUUUUGUUUGAUUAAAUUUAGGUUCUCUUGUGAAGGACAUUCCUUUUGCAGUACGCACAAAGAUUGAACGGAUGAUGAACGUCAAUGACCAUAAUGACCAUAACUGGAGGGGUCUGGCUGCAGCUAUGAUGUUGUCAGUUGAUGAGGUUCGACAAAUGGAGGAAGGAGAAAAUGGGAAAAUGACAGGACUCUUUGAUAACAUGAUAGACACCAAAAAAACCAUUAAAGAUUUUUUUGACUUUCUGAAACAUCCUGCUGUUCAGAGACUGGAUGUCAUAGAUGAAAUUAUAGAAGGCUGUGGUCUUCCAAAAGAAGUGUUAGAAAAUGAAAGCUCUGAACUCGAUGAAACAGGUUUGUUUGUUUGUUUGUUUUACGUACUAAAGCUGUUUAUGAGCUACUUUUUAUCUCAUGAAUGCCCGAAUUAUCGCUGUGGUUGGUAUAUGCAAAUGAGUCACUCACAUAGGGCUCGCUCUGAAGUUGACCGAUAUGAAACGACAUUUUGUCGUUGUUGCCGAAGUGUACUUUGGGCAACUUCGGGGCGUUUCGUGCAUGCAUUCACCCGGUUACUUAGCAUUAGAUAACACCGGGUGAAGCGUGAUUGGACGCCUUAUAAAGUUUACACAACGCAUAAUUCUCUUAACAUAACGAUAAAGGAACAGAAAUCCUCUAACCUUGUAGAAUUACUGAUAAAAAAACAAAACAGAACUACAGAGCGCCAGUUAUUCACCUUUGUCACGUGGCGGCCGUUAAUUUGUCUCAGGAGAUUGUUUAUACACCCCUAGCCUCGUAGAUAGAACGAGGCUAGGGGUGCAUAAAGAAAGCUUUUUAAAUCUCCUGAGACAAAAUGGGCCCCGCGAAUGGAGAGAACAUACUAGAGAGUUUUAAAACACUGAUCUGCACGGUUAUGAGGGUUAAGCACUGAACUGAAAACGGUAGUGUGAAAUGUCAUACGUCUCCACCCACUAACGCGUGGGGGCACAGGGGAGAGAGACAGCGCCCUCCACGGGCUAGGCAUAUGACAUUUCAGACAAUGAAAACGGUCAGCUUUCAAAUAAUUUAUUGUAAUGGGAUACGGCCUAAAAAUUAUUGGAUUUGGUCCUCGAUGGUGUGGUAGAUAUGAAUGUAGGUUAUGAAGCAAAUGACUCGGGUUCAAAGCUUCCCAGUUCUGUAAGCUUCCCAGUUCUGUUUAUCGAUCUUAUUUUAUAUCACAUGGUAAAGUUAGACUUAAGUUGUUCUUCGUGUAAUUUUACUGAAGGAAACAAUCAGACUUCAGCCGAUGUUACCAAAUGCUCUUACAGCAAUAAAAGGGGGUGGUAGGCCUACACGACUUAAAACUCAUGCCAAAAUGCUGCUUAUUCCAAUAUAGCCUGCGAAAACAUCCGUUUCUCCACGCUCUUCGCCGCUGGGGUCCCCAGCGGCGAACAGCGAGGAGAAACGGAUGUUUUCGCAGGCUAAUUCCAAUAAAGUUUUUUUCUCUCUCUGCUGGAUAGAUUAUGCUCUGGAAGGUUCAGCAAAUGUGAUUUUAGCCGCAUGUUUCACACUGAGAGGUCAUGGCACACAUAUCGAUUUACUGUAGUUAUUGUUUCUGGUCGGCAGGAUUUACCCUCUGAUGAAAGCGCAUUUUCUUUGACCUCUUUUGAAGCGUAAAGCUUUUUUUAUUACGGCUGAAUAAGAGUUCCAAUUUUCUCCAAAGUGCCUUCUGGAUCUGAAUAACUAAGCGAUUUUCUUUAGUCCGUUGGUGUAAUGUUUUUCUGCAAUGCUGUAUCACGCUGGGCCCAGCUCGUUAGUUUUCUUUCCAGAACGUUAAAUUAUCACGGAUAGUGAUUUACAGAUCCAAAAUUAUAAGAAUGAAGUGCAGCUUAAACUGAAGCUACAUAAAAUUAUUAUGGAGAAUUGAAUUGUGACUCAGCAAACUCCAGCUUAGUGUUUUUCUAAAGUUAGUGUGAGUCUUUUGACUGGAGUGCGUAGUUCCUCCCUUGGUAAUAGCUUUAGAAUAAGCUUAACAGUCUUUUAUAGAAUGCUGAGGAGCGAGGGCACUAUCCGAUUUAAUGCACCUCUCCAUUGUUUUAGAAUUAGCAGGUCAUUAUUGUGGCCACCGAAGUGGAACAGUAGGUUAUUAUUCGUAAUAAUGACUUCCCGUUCCACCUCACUGACCUGCUCUUCCAUUUAUUGAAAAUUAUAAUCUGUUCAGAAACAAUGGAAAGUUGCAUUAAAUCUAUGUAUUUAGUAUUAAAAUAAGUGAGAAGACAAGCAAAAUGGAAUGGCUAAAUAAAAGAGUUUCCACUCUGCUCUUAAAAGUACUAUAUUAAAACAUGCGUACGUUAUAAUGUGAUCAUGCAAUUACUGAAAAAAGCACGCUUUCCAUGGGAUUCAAGAUUGUACUUCAGGACCACUAUCAGUUCUUUAUUAGCAGAGAGUAGCUUUCUGUUGGGCCCCUACCCAAUUAAAGUGUCCGUAAAAUGUUUAGGUUGAAGUUCAUACAAAAGCUUUGAAUGCCGAAAUUAAAAUCAAAUAGAGAAAACCCGCCAGCAACAAAUUAAUCCAAAUCUUGGUUCGUAUGAACAAGAGCUGAGUUACAGUGUACUUGACUUAAAUUCAAUAUGUUGCACACCAAAAUGUCUUUCAAAUUACCUGAAAAUUAGAGGUCAUAUAAAUUACAACAUAAACUAAGGUCAGCGGUGUUUCACGGUAAUCCAUCAGGGGGAAUGUGAAAAUGGUAAUGGUGUCACCGUGUUGCCGUGGAUAUGCCAAUCUCAAAAAUACUGACUUUUUUAAAACUCUAAUUUAUACCGUAAAAGUAGGUACAGUUAGAUUCCCCACUUUGUAAUCUUAUUCCAGAAUGCAAUCAGUCGAACGCGCUCUUAUAUCUAAGGGCGUGUUCGAUUGACCGCCGCAUUCCGGAAUACCAAUAAGUGGAAUAAACUCUCGGCGUUCAUUGCAUUGCAGUUUCUAGAAAUCUGCUUGAAACAAAAUAUCCCGCUGUAUGUAGUGUUUAAUUGGCCAAAUUAGGGCACAAGAGAUUUGCAAAAAAAAUUUCUGCAUAUUCUUAUUCUGGAAAACGAUCAAUCGAACGCACCCUAAAUUGAUCUGAAGAAUCAUCCCUAUCUUUGUCUCUCUAUUUCUCGGGAUACGACCAGCUAUUCAUUCAGCAUGGAAAACAUUUGACAACUUCAUCCCAAUACACGUCUAUUAUAGGCGUCUUGUUGCUUGUACAUGUAUUCUCAGUUGUCUUAUUAAUUUGUGCGAAAGUAUAGUAAUGUCAGUCUCUUAUAAAUCAACAAAAACGUGAAAACUCCGUAAAUAAUUUGACACACCAAAUUUCAUUAUAAUAUAAUAACAAUUUUCACCAAUUUCCAGUAUCAAUCGAUAAAAAUCUCUUGAUCGAUACCCAUUUUUAUCGAUUGAUUAUGUUGGGGGUUUUGAUGCAUGCAAAACUGUAACAUCAUCAUGAACAAUAGGCUCCCAUGGUCUAGGAUUGAGACGGAUGGUUGAUGUCGUUGCCAGGUAGCUGGGUAUUAUGAAGUUGCUUCUUUUAUACAGCCAAUCCCACAGUCUAGCCAUAAAAUGAAUUUUUAUACCAGACCAGUUUCCUAGCCAAACAAAUAUCUUGCUGAAUUCUUGCUCAUGCGUCGUUCAAAUUGUCACGCUUGUGCCAGAGUCAGUGAUAAUUGUUUGGCUCAGUCUCGCUCGUUUGUCAGGCCAGAAUCUCGUAUUUGUCUUGCCCGGAAGUUUCAUACGGAAUUAGAAAAGCAAGGAGGAAAGAAAGCAAUAGAUUAAAGACAAAUGGACUGUAUCCGCCGGGACUACGGGCUGCCGACUGGGUAUAGAAUGCCCUGUGUAUAAAACACGGACUAGAAGCUGCGGUCUGUUCGACUGUUUUUUGCUGUCCAAUUUUAUCAAUAUGUCAAAUUGUACUUUCCUUUAGAUCCAGAGCUGAAAAGAAAGCUUCAAUUUGAUGGAUGCUUCUUGAAUCCUGAGAGGUAUGAUCCGGUGAAGUUCCUAGGAUCUGGAGGAUUUGCUAAGGUAAGGUUGUGCCUAUUAGUAGUAGCUCAUUAUCUGACCCAUGUGCACCCAAACUAAACUCUACAGAGGUACGUACAUGUAUAGUAGAGUGAGUGAUCUGAGGAGGGGCACAGGACUGUUAUAGGAACUUAGUGCUUUAGGAAAUUUGCUGGGCGGCCAACAAGCGAAAAAAUUAUCUUCUCAACUUAUCCCAGCUGUGAAAUUGACUCACGAGUUUUACGACGUCCAUGAUUGUUAAGUACUGUUACGAAAACGAGCAGGAGCGUAUUAUCAGGUCUAAAAACUUGAGGCUAAGCCGAGAGUUUUUAAACCUGAUAAUACACGAGUGAGUUUUUUGAACGGCUUCAAAAUCUCUGAUAAAGAUCAACUCAUUUUCACACUAAUAUUUAGACUUGGGGUUAUUUUGCUUUAAAAAAUGGGACGUAAAGUUUAGUGGUGUCUCUAUUAGAUAUAAAGACACUCAUUAAACGUUAACUUCUUUUGUUUUUAUACGAAUUAUUAACGAGUUUUGAAUGAAGUUUUAUCUACAAUGAAUUUAAUUUAAGGUGUUUCGAUGCACGAUUUUUUUCAAUCGCCUUAAGAUCGCUAUAAAUGUUCACCACUAACUGACACUGGAUUGAAGUAUGUCAAAAUGUAGUUUUAAGUAAAAUCGAUUUCACUAUGGCAACAGUAAACAAAAAAAUUGAAAGCCGAAUUUUGCGCGAUCUAGACCUGCAACUGAAAAUCCGACAGCAGGAACUUAAAGUGUGGUGUUUAGCAAAUAACCCCCGUGAGAGGUAAAAAAUUCUGUAUGUUUGAAUUCAAAUAAAACGUAAAUAUAUUUCAAAGCUUAUAUUUCAAUAGUCGUGAUAAAUUGUUGUAAUAAAAAAGUUCUAAAUAACUCAAGUUCGUCUUAGUUAACGUUCGAAUGCUGCUUAAUAUGAUAUUUCGUUGCAAGGAAAUUUUGGUGUAUUUUCUUUCUUGCGAUCCUGAAAACCAAGUAUCAUUUAGGCAGGUGGUGAGAAAACAGGUUAGUUUUCAGGAUCACAAGAAAGAAAAGACACCAAAAUUUCAAAACAACGAAAUAUGAUAUUAGGCAGCAUUCUGACAUUACUUAAGACUAGCUUGAGUUAUUUAGAACCUUUUUAUUAAACAAUAGGCGGGUUUCGUAUUCCUGGGCGGCCUAGGACGAGUGCUUGUUUUUGCGCGAAAGCGAGGCUAAUGCGGGUCACGUCUCACCAAGAAAACAAACACAUGAGAAAACUGCUGCUGAGUUGCAGAAAAAAAAGAAAAUUUGAAACGAUGAAAGGUUUUGGAGGUCUCUAAACUUACUUACGGGCUUGAGAAAUCAUUUUUUCAAACAGCAUUGGAAAAUCAGCUCGUCAUCACUAAGAAAAACAACGAGCCUAACCAGAAAUUGACCGAAAUAGUGGUCGGUGCCGAAGUGAGUUUAAUAAAAAUGCGAAGAUGGUUUCAAAAUCCUUAAACAAGGUAAUACUCUGAAGUCAUUUUAAUUUUAUUUUCAUUGAUGGUCAAAAGUUCUUUAAGCCAUACCUUCCAUUGGAGUGUACACACUUGUCGAAAGCCUGCAAGUUAGACUGAAACCUUCGAACUAUAGUUGACAUGUUUUCUAACGGAGCGAAUGCAAAAUCUUGUGUAUUUGAAAAAUAAUAAACCGACGGAGCAGACGUUCUGCAAAAAUUCCUUGUACUGUCGGGAGGUUAAAUCGGUUUAAACGAAGAUGACUAAAAUAGUGUAAGUUUAUUUAUACAUACCGUAUUUAUUCGAAUAAGCGCCCAACCUCGAAUUAGCGCCCACCUCGAAUAAGCGCCCAUCCUAAAGGCGGAAAAAGUUAAUAAGCGCCCAGCCUCGAAUAAGCGCCCACCUCGAAUUAGCGCCCAUCCUCAAGGACCAAAAAUUUAAUAAGCGCCCAGGGCGGUUAAUCGAAUAAAUACGGUAAACUUACAUUUAGCUUACAUUAUUUAUCAAAAUAUUCAGUCCCAUAAAGAAAAACGUAUGCACAUUUCACUCGACAAGAACUCGAACACAGAAUUUUAUACAAAUGAUCUACUGAGCAGUUUAAACUCCAUUUUACAGAUAUACACAAGAGUAAAAUAGAAUACUCAGAAGUACGAUAAUUAAAGGGAAUAAAAUAAUGUCAUUUUAACAAACUUUACCCUUUUCAAGCUUAAAAUGUCUAUUUCCUCUUUUGGCGUCGUCGCUUUUUUUCCUUUCGUCUGUUAAGUACGAUCAACUUUUCCCACAAUUUCGGUGUUUGCAACAGAUAUCCCUUUAGCUUACUGGUAAAGUUUAAGCUUUGAAAUCUUAGUAUUUUUGAGAUUUCUAUCGUUUUCCAGCGACUCAGCGGCAAAUUACCUCUGUUUGUUUUUGUUUUUGCAAAGAAGUUGACCCGCAUUAGCCUUGCAAUCGUGCUCGUCCCAAGGCCGUCGGGGAAUACGAAACUUGCCCACGAUUAUUGAAAAUAUAAGGUUUGAAAUAUACUAGAUUUACGUUUUAUUUUGACAAACUUCAGUCCAAUAUCAAUCAAUUGUGAAAUUUCAUAGGCGAUCGAACAAGGAUAAAAUCACUUUUAAGGCGAUUAAAAAAUAAGGUUAUGGUCCCCGAAAAGCUGCAUCGAAACACCUUAAACUAACACAUCACUCCAAGGUUGUUUUUUUUUUUAAAUUACCAAUGAAUUGAAAAGGGCUAAGUAUGCGAAAAUUCUAAGUUAUAUGCACAAAGAUAGAAAAAUCUGCAAGGAAGAGUUUAGCUGGAACAUUAUAAAUCGACGUCCUCUUGCCAGAAGUUCUGUAUGUCACUUGUCAGAAUUGACCUUAACAGGACCUCGAUAUCCCAUGGCGACGCAGAGAAAUGAAAUAUGUCUCUUCCAGAUUUGAAAAAUAUUUCACAAGUGAGCCCAGUGAACAAGUUAGUUAUUAAUAUUUUUCAGCACGUGGAGAGAAAUGAUUUUUUGUAUCUGCAAGAGGCCAUGUAUUGUUGUAUUUUUUAUGUAAACACCAAUGAAAUACCAAACUACUUUACUUUACAGUAGAACCUCGACAUAACGAAGUGCCAAGGGACUGGCAAAAUAUGUUCGCUAUAACGAGGUUUCGUUAUAUCGAGGUUCUUUUUCAUACAUUUGACUAUUACUGGGAUGAAGAAUAUCAUUCGUUAUACCAAGGACUUCGUUAUAGCGGAGCUCUCGCGCGCGCGAAGCGCGCAGCGGAGCACCAUGGGUAAGAGAAUUUGGUAAACUAUCCAUCCGAGAAAAUUUGGUUAUGACGUAGCGUACGCCCGCCCACUCGUACACACACUUCAUGUAAGCAGAUAUCAAAUGUCACAAUAGAUCUUGCACAACUUGACUAGCCUCUUAGUUAUGUAAGCCAUCCGUAUGAGUACGAUUAGAUUGACAGCUGUCAAAAUCAGACAUCCGCUGACAAUUAUCGAUUGACCAUCUCGCGAGCUCAGAUGAAAGACCAGUCGUUUUGCCCCUACCUAUAAGCUGAUAUAAUAUUUCACAAUGAUGUGAAGUAUAUAUGAGAGCGAGGGAGCACCAUGGCAUUGGGAGCGUGGUCAAUUUCACUCCUCGCGGGAGAUAUGAACUCAAUAAAUUGAUCUCGUUCCCAAUGUGUGGCUUCAUAGCUCAGUUGGUAGAGCAACGCACCGGUAACGCGGAGGUCACGGGUUCGAAUCCCGUCGAAGCCCUGUUUUCUUUAGGCUUCUUCUUUCCGAUUGCUUAAAUUGGAAAAUUUACUGCGAUGAUCAUUCUUCACUUUCAUAAGAUGUCACACUUACCAAUUCAACAUAAAAACGAAACUACGCUGGGCAAGGCUAUCCGUUGGCUGACAGUCGUUUAAAGUUAUAUUGGCAAGCCCAAUUAAGGUCAAUUGACAGCUGUCAAAAUGGGACAUGUGCAGACCACUAUCAGAAAACUAAUAAGUGGGCUCAGGUUCGCUCAGGUACGCGAUCUGGCAUUUUCCAAUACAUACCGGACGGAUAUGUCUUACUCACACUCGUAGUCUUUUAAUUCGAAUAUUCGCCAUUCUAAUGAAGGUUAAUUGACAGAUGUCAAACUAGUGUUUCUGCUGACCAGUAUCGCCUGACCGUAUCGCGGGCUCAGUUAUCGACCCACUAAGUUUCGAGUGUUGUUUGAAGGUAUCCGCUGACAAGUUGCUACUUUUCAAAUGAUCGCAGGCUCAAGUUCAAUCUUUUAUUUUCAUUGAUGGUCAAUCAUGAGCCGCACUUUUAAAAUGUUGAUUUUGAACUGACCUCGUACGCGAAAAUUCAACCGGCUUUUACAUUUACAUGCGUGGAAGGGAAUUGACUUUUGUCACUGUCACGCGUUGAUCACGCUCUACGUCCAAUUUUUAUGUUCUGAUUGGUCAAAAUUUGAUAGGUGAGUUCAUGCGGAAAGUUUAUGCAGCGUCUGGUAACUUGCUUACUGAUAGCUGGAGCUGACAGAGUUUUGUGUCAUCUUGUGAUGUUUUAAACUGUCUUUUUCUACUUGGUGUACAAAAUGAAAUACAGCUGCUAUCAAGAUUGUUCUGUAAUUCAUGGCUGGUUUGUUUAUUGCGCUUUUUGUUGACAAAUUCACCGCUUGUCAAAGUCAUAGGAAAUCCGAUUUCGGAUGGCAUCGUUUCAAAAAUGAGCUUACUCACUUGCCCUUACUUGAGGCAUAAGAGGGUUGAAAAGUCUCAAGCGAUUCUGGAACACUUGAUGACCUUCAGAAGCAGCAUUUCGACUGGUAAGGCUGAGCAAUUAUUGUCUUUGAUGUGUUUUUUUUUUCGGUUUCCCGAAGUCGAGCGUAUGGUUUAUGCGGCUUAAGUUUAUACACGAGCAAUGAUCUAACCUACAAUAGUAUCAGGUUUAAAAAGCCUUUCGACAUUUUUUGACCGCAAAUUCAAAGAAAAGGUUCCGACGAUUUUUUAUUUAUGAUUUUGGCUGUAAACAGAAAGCUCUGAGCGAUUUUCUUGCCUCGAGUUCAUCUUGAAAAAGAGCAAACACCGGGAAGCCCGCUUAAAACAUAAAUAAGCUGCUUACCUGACUCAUGAUUUUCAGAGACACUUUACUCUCAAUACUUCUCUUCGUGAAUGAAAAUUAUUGUCUCUGUACAUGUUUCACCGAAUUAUAUUUAUUUUAUUGAUUGUUAGUAGUCCCUCUCGCAAUUUUUAUCGCUGCAUCGGUUGUUUCCAGUCGAACAUAAACAUCGCAUGCACGAAUACUCAAAACGCCGCGCGUAAAUAUCACUCUCUUUUAAAGAUUACACAUAACAAAACCAUACACAGUUUAAUAAAUAAAGGGAAAUAAAACCUAAACAUAACAAUUUCUCCAUCAUGAUGAAGCGUAAAUGGUAACUCUAUUAAUCGCCCUGCAAAUUUGGUGCCUGUCAAAUGUGAGAACCCGCCCGGCUGGCCGAAAAGUGAUUUUGGGAUUUUUUUUAUCGUUUUCACUAAAGCCCAUAAUUAUUACUCUGCAUAUCACAUAGGACCAGAUUUUUUUAACUGAAAAGUCCCGGCAUUAUAGAAUUCUCUUCAUGAAAACGUUUUAUAAUUCAAUGCUAUAAUUUGUUGUGCAAAGGAAGCGCGUGCUUUGAUCGUCGUGGAUAUUGAAUGAGUGCAAAUUCUCUUGCAAAAUUGUGAAAAACUGUAGAAUUAUAGGUUUAAAUAAGGCAAAAAAGAACAAAUUCUGUCCUAGGUCUGUAUGAUAAACAAAGGGCCUCAUAGUACUGUUUACCUGAGACGUGAUGAGAAAAAGUAUGUUUAAAAGGCUGGUUUACCCGGCACCAGAUUCGUCGCCAAGAUUUACUAGUAACCUAAACUUGUCGAACACAAAAAAUCCGGCCUGAUUUUUUAUUUUGGCCUCUCAUUUAGACAGAGGAAUGCAACGUGUAAAUUGGCUGCCACCAAGGACUAUCGUGGCGCGUGUGUUUCUUAAAAUUAUAUUUCGGGGUUGUCCAAUUAUCCAUAGUCUCUCUAACGGAGCAAUGUUGGAGAGACUGGUGAAUGCCACAUUAUGAUGCAACAGCUAAUGCAAAUACAAUACACGAAUAGGUCUUAUUUGUUUCCCAGGCCUAAUCUACUGUGAUCGAACAUGAUUGCUAUUUUUGGGUGUACAAAUAAGACUAAUAACUCGAUGUAAAAUUUGUUUCACUCUUGGACUGUCAAAUUAUUUUCCUCUAAAAUCAUUUAGCCUUUGCCUCAAAAGUCAAAUGAAUGUGCCGUGAUCUGUGGAUUACAAGUUUAUUGUUUGAUUUAAAUUAUGAAUUUAUUAACGGGAGCUUCGCUUUUAGCCCUGGCUAAAUCUAUAUAUCAUAGAGAUUCGUUAUAUCGAGGUUCCAGUGUAGAUAACAUGUUAUUUUUACAUGUGAAGGUAUCAUGUUUUUGUGUGAAAGCUCACCUGGCAUUUCAUUGGUGUAUUUUAAAUAAAAUGAUAUUUUUUUUAGUUUUUUUUUUUCUGAAAGACUGAAAUAUUUCGGGCCAAAGUGGUGGUUCACUUCCAUGAUCAGAAUACCCCAGGGAAACUUUUAGACUUUCACCUAAUCAGCGCUUGAUUUAUUUAUUAUUUGACAAGUCUAGGAAUUUACUUAGUGUCCAAUUUACAAUGCAUCAUAGAUUAACAAAACAACUUAAAGUCUUAAUUUAGAGGCUCUGUAAGGCUGCGAACUAGGAACUAGGCUAGUUUUCAUUAGUUAUGAAAUUUCAUAAGGAUUAUGCGAUCCAGUGCUAUUUUGGAUCACAAUUGGUAGGGGGAGGGAACACUUCCUGUCUCUGGACACAGUUAAGUACAAUGAAAAUUUCACUUCUGAUUAACAUUAUUAGUUAAAGUUUGGUUAACUCUCAGAAUUUUAAGGGUAAACUGAGUCUUGAUAUUCUCAUAACAGGUCUAUCUUGUGAUUGAAAAACGAACAGGCAAGAAAAUGGCUGCUAAGAUGUUUCGUCAGGGGGAAAAUACAAGUGACACACAAAAGGUACAAAGUUAUAACUACAAUUUAUAACAGUAUUAUCGUUCCGUUUAUAGUCUUGUCCAUGAUCGUCACUUGGGUAUUUAUUGUAUUUUGGUUUGCUGCUCUGAAUAUGAAGUUCUUUUUUUCCAAAAAAAAAAUCCCUACUUUACUCCCCCCAGAGUAAGUAAAGAAGGCGUGAAGUGAGAUUUUCAGAGGGAUUGAGUGAACAAAAGGUAAAAAUGGUAAAGGUCCUUAUGUUAUAUUGGUAACCUGUCACAGUCAUGAUUUGACUGACAAACGUGAGGGUGAUGGCACACUCAUUCUUUUCACUGUACGCGAUAUCUACAUUCCAUUUGUUUAUUAAUGAGAACAGUUGUUCAAGAAAUGCGAAUGCGUUGUACUAUGUUUUUUUAUUACGUCCCUCAAGUCAUGAAAUUUGAGGCUGCCUCGAUAAUACAGCCAUUUUUUUACCCAUAGGUGAUCGUAUUAACGGGGUUCUACUGUACUUGUUUUUCGUCGUUUUCUGGAAAUGAAAUUUAAUCAAAGGGUGCCUCUGGCUAACUCGUGGAUUAAGUAUUUUAAGCCCCGUUCACACCAAAGCUUAAAUUUGUUUAAAAGCUGUUUAGUUAAACACGGUUUGAAUUUUAUUUCCUUCAUAAAAGCUGCUAACUAACUUGAAUGGAUUGCAAAUUUAGUGCAAAUUACCAAAUACGUUGAAUUUUAAUUUGAAUCCUGUGUGAAAGCCUGUGUCUCAGUUUUCAAUGUUGGAUUUUCAUUUGUAAAACCUGGUUUAAUUAAACAUGUUUAGUUGGUGUGAAUGGGGCAUUAGACAUCAAAGCUGAUAAUCAACUUGCAAUAGUCUACCCGUGUUAGGCUGUCAAAACUUGGGUCAUACAAUGCAAAAUCUCUCUCACAAAUUUAGGGCUUAGUUUGCCAGUUUAUGUUGGACACAUUUUACGAUAAAAACAUAUGAGAAGGGGCUUGGACUUUUCUGGCUAUUCCAUCAUUCCAGGGAACAUAUGUGACAGUAGGUGCCUAUAUGAGGCUAGAGCCUCUUUGGAAAGCGCUAUUGUUUACUCACUGUAGUAUUGAGUUUCCUGUCUUAAGACAGUAUAAGUGGCUCAUCCCCUUGCCAGUUCCCCCUCUUAGUCAUUUUUAUUAUAGUUAUGCUUCCAAUAAUUAUUUACAAGUAAAGUUUGACUUACUUCGUGAACAGUUCGAUACUUAUCCAACUGUAUUCCUCCUAGUUCGUCUUCCAUGCGAUGUUUACUUGCAGGUUGACCACAUACAUGUAUGUUCUAUGGUUUCGCAUCAUGAACUUGUCAAUUGUGCAGCCAAUGCUUGGCGUGCUUACAAUACUUGCUUCCUUCAAGAAGUGCUCGUUUAACAGUAUUGCUCAUUAUAGUUUGACAAAUAAAACUAAUUCUCAUCAACGCUUAAAACAUUGGCAUGAGAUUUCACAUUUUGAGGUCACUUUCCAGUUAGGUUGAAGUUAUUUACCGGCUUGACAUACCCCUUGUGAGCUUGGGGAGUCGAAGAGCAAUUGGUCAUCUCUUCGUCAUGUUAAGCGCCUGGACGAGUCAAAAAGCUUCAAGAGAUCAUGAAAUUCUGUCUCCAAGUUAGCCAUAAUGCUAAUUUGAAACAUUCGAAGUCCACAUGAAGACAACUUACCAUCCUAUACACAAAAGCUACAAAAUCAUAACAUCGAAUGUACGAUCAGCAUUUCUUUAUCGCGCGGACGUCCAGGAACGAUCGGUCUACGACAAUAUUGUCGUUUUGAUAUCGGAAGUUCUCGUGCCGUCCGACUGAUCCGAACGGUGUCCACACCUGAGUGUGAUACAUUUUGCAUAUCACAGUGCCCACAGUAACUUGUUCCUUACGCUACGCGUUAUCUACGAGUUAAAAAAAUUGAGUUGAAUUUUGACUUUUGUCACUUUUGGAAAAAGAGUGAAGAUUUUUUUUAUUAGGGAGUUUUAGAUAUGAUUGUUGUCAAAAAUGGUUUAUCUUUCGUUUUUGGUCUUAGCUGGUAAAGUCUGCGGAAAAUGAAUGCAGGGCUCUAACUUCAAUUAAACACGAGCACAUUGUUGAGUUCUUUUUUGCGGAGAGUAUUCGCAACACCGUUCUUCUGUUUCUGGAGUACAUGGAAGGGGUAAGAAAAAUUUAAGUUAAUCAAAAUAAGUUGGCUUUAAAUUUUAUAUAUAAAAGUUCAGAUACAGUGAUUUUACUUAACCCGUGAAAUACGCACUAUCAUGCACUUAUUCUAUUGUCUUCUUUUGUUUAUUUGUAGCCGUUUGGCACUAGUUGUUAGUAACUGUUUCACGGGUCAAGUAUUAUUGCUCUAAACUCAGUGGGAUUUGGUUUAAAAGGGAGUAAUGUAUGAAGUUAAAAAUAUGCAAAAAAUUGCAAUUAAAGAUAUGUAAUUAUACCAGAAAAAAUAAACCGUGGAGAAAAUGUAAACUAGUAAUAAUAGUUAACUUCAGGAUUUAUAAAAUUAAAAUAAACCCUCAAUGUCAACUAACAAUAUAAUAUCGUUGUAAAUAACACUUCACCGUUUAUUUUUUGUAUGUUAUUUACAUGUGCUUCAUAUUCAUUUUAUUUGUUUUUUUUUUUGUUUCUUUACUUAUAUUUUCAAUACUUUUCGGUAAAUAUGUAUUUAUCAUGUAUAUCAUGUAUACAUGUAGUCUAUAUCAUUAUAUCAUGUAAUUUUCGCCCACCCGACUCGAUUCGCCAUGCUAGUGUCAAACGGGCGUGUAAUACAAACAAUUGUUGUAUUCGUGUUUGUUGUUUUUAAAAUAAGGUCUUUUAAGUGUAAAAAUAUUUUUAUAGUGAGAAUGAUAAAUUGGAUGUUUAAACCAUUUACAUGGGUAAACCGGUCAUUUCACGGUAUGGGCUAAUGGAAAAUAAAACUCAGGACUGGUGAAUUUCGUUCAAGAAUCGCGUUUACCAAGUCCCAUUUACUGAGAAACGCCUCCAAAAUGCUCAUACUGGUAUAAAAAAGGGGUUAGAAGAAAUGGGGCACGAAUUUCCCAGUGGAACAUUCCUGCCGGAAACAGGACUAACUUUUCAGACAUUCCGUUGCUCCCGGAAAUUUUCGUCUUAAACUACCCAAAAAAUCGUGUUAUUUUUACUUUUUUUCUAACCGAAAUUUCCGGAAGCUUUUUUCCUUAGUGAACGUGUUUUCCGCCAGGGUUCUCUGCGUGACUUGCUUCCAAGUCCCAUUUACUGAGAAACGCCUCCAAAAUGCUCAUGCUGGUAUCAAAAAUGUGUGAGAAGAAAUGGGGCAAGAAUUUCCCUGUGAAACAUUCCUGCCGGAAAACAGGACAAAUUUUUCAGACAUUCCGUUGCUCCGGAAAUUUUCCUCUUAAACGACCCAAAAAAUUGCGUUAUUUUUACUUUCUUCUUGAACGUGUUUUCCUCCAGGGUACUCUACAUGACUUGGUUAGGGCCAACGGACCUUUGGAAGAACCCUUGGUGGUCAAGUUCACAAGACAACUUCUUUCUGCUGUUGAUUUUCUCCACAAUGCAAGAAAUCCCAUUAUACACCAAGAUAUUAAAGGUUAGGUUUGAAAAGCUGUUGCCUCUUGUAUAUACGCAAGCCUGAGUGGUCAAGGGUUUUCGAAAACAGGUGUUUAUGUAAACGGAGGUUUCGUACAACGCUUUCCAAUGUUUUCUAUGAGAACGCAAGCUUGAACACAGGCAGGCAACAUACAGUAAUUUUCCUGAAUGAGUUGCUGCGUUUCUUAUUAAAUGUUACGACUUGUCAGUGCGGCGCUGUAGUCGAUACCGACAUUUAUUUUUGCGCUUAUAAAUAACACAGCAGUACGAAACAUUCUUCAUUUUCUAGGUUUGUUUAAUUGGAAACAACAACAUUGGAAGAAAGUUGAAAACGUCAGUUGCAAACGGGUCUAUGUUCUUUUCACGAUACGAAACACGGAAAAUAUUUAAUGCGUUUUCGUUAACAUGAAAACCGUGGGUUUGACCUCUAGUGUGGACAUUGCCUAAGUGUUAAUGAACAUAUUGGUUAUUUCAGGCAGCAAUGUUUUGCUGGAUGGCGCCCAGAAAAACAUAAAACUGGCUGACUUCGGAAUCUCUACAAUAAUGGAGGUACGAUCGCGUCCUUUAUGUGAGGUUUACAUAUCCUUUUGCCCUAAAAAAGGCAAGUAAAAUUAAAUAUACCGGUUGGCCUCAAAUAAAUCAGCGCUUUGCCGUAUUGCCAGCCUUGCAUUCAGUUUUGUUUUAAUUCCCACUUCAAGUGACGUCUGGCAUUAGCAUCUCUAAAUAAGAUAUCCGCAAGAAAGGACCAGUCGAUUGUAUUUACGCGUUGAGUGGACCUCUGCAUUCAAGGGUUUUUAUAUAUACCGGUCGCUUCCUAGAGGGUGUUCAUUUACGAGAGGUUCCAACCAUAGUAAUCUGACUGGGAAAAAUAUGCUGUUUUUGAUGGGUGGUCGCUUAUGGGAGGUAUAUAGUCGCACAUGGAGGUUCAACUGUACUCUUUUUUAUUGCUAGCCACUAGGACUUAUAACAUAUUUUUGUCAUUUGUCUGAUGACUGCCUGUUGAUUUCUACAGGAUCCAAGAACUCCCACCGGUGGCCUGGAGACUGAAAAUAAUAUAGCGUCCGUUUAUUGGACAAGCCCUGAGCUUCUCGCUGGGGACCGAUUUAGUCGCAACACAGACAUUUGGUAAGCAGAAUUCAACGGCUUUCUUGCUUAUAGUGGAAUUGACUUCAUGUCUUUGCCUAGUUAAUUUCACUCUCUUUAAUUUGUCUGAGUUUCAGGUCUGUAAAUUAUACCAUUGCGCAGGGCUUUACUGUAGUGACUAAUACCUUCUUCUCCAUACAUUGAUGCCUUUGCUAAUUUGUGGAGUUUACGACAUGUUAUAUUUCACGAACCCUUCAGUCAGUUUUAGGGCCUGUUUACAUGGAGGUGGGAAAACCCGCCUGUCCAUAUAAUCUCCCACUUUGAUUUGAUCACGUUUACAUGAUAGGUGUGGUGACCCGCCACAUGUUACCUCACCUCCCUGGGGUCCCCCACCCCCAUGUAAACAGGUCCUGAGUCUAUGUUCCACACCGGAUAGCUCUUGCGCCGGCACGAAAACCAUUCCGGGUAGGGCUUCUGUUCACACAUAAGAACCGUGAUAUUGGCGCGAUUUCUGUAGCGGGGCGAAGCUGCACCGCGACGAUCUGAAAGUGGAUUUUCACAUAUCAGAUACGUUGCUGCCACUCUUUGUCACAGUGUUUUCAGGUGUUUGGCCGUCGCCGUUCAUUCUUUAGUAGAAAGGAUUCCAUGUUGGCAUAACCUAGAGGAUAUCCUGUAUACCAGCACCUCUAAAACAAACGUAAAAAAUGCAAUUAGCUCAGAACUUUGCUAGCAGGAUAGUUCUUGGUCUCCGGAAGUAUGAUCACAUUUCUGAGAUACUGAAGUCACUUAGAUGGCUUCCUAUUGCUGUUAAACUACUUAUGAAUGAUUCUGUUAUGGUCCAAGUGGCCGAACACCAGACUAUCUUAGUCAAAAACUGAAUUUACACGUAGACUAGCUCAUAACGAUAGAAAAAUAAAUUACAAAGACGACCUGAAUCUACCGAGAUGCAGAUUAAAAACUGGGCAUCGAUCUUUCGCCUUUAGAGAGGCUGCUUGUUGGAACAAACUACCCAAAGACAUGAAGGAAGUUGCACAUUACCGAAUAUGUUCUUACAAGGACUUUCAUUAUUUUAACACUUAUAAUUAGUUGUCUAGUUUAAUUGUUUUUUUCUUGUAUCUAGUUAGUUCUAAAUAGUUAGCUCAUUGUAACUGAAAAGCCCUGUUAAGGGAGUCUUAAUAAAUGUAUGGAUGUAUUUAUGUAUAGCCUAGCCAAAGCCGCGGCGCGUCGAAAAGAAUGGAACGGCUUGCUUCUCCGAAAUUUUGCUUCACCUCGAAUUUGAGUUUUCUUACAGUUCUUGCAUUGCUUUUAGGAGUGUUGGAUGUACAGUGGUGGAGAUGCUAACUACAGAGCCACCUUUAGGCUUUGAAAAACUAUCCGUUGAGCAAAAAAUGUUCCGGAUUGUAAACCAUCAAAUUGAACCAACGACUGAUUGUACGCCCCCGGCGUUUAUGUUUUUAAAACGGUGCCUUUGGUAAGUUCUAUUAUCUGGUAAAGAUUGAUUUUUGUAUGCAUGUACUAAACCCGACACACCCUGGAUCACCUCCAGAUGUUAUUCUUGUCAAAUAUUUAUUAAUUUAAUUCAGUAUUUUAUUCAUUGUAUUUGUCUUAAAUGGCGAGUUUAUUAAACGGAUAACUUUCAAUGGAUUUUUAGCGGACUCGCAUGAGCGGUUAAGACCUUGUGAAAUUAACAAUCGGACUUGUGAGCGGCCCCAUAAGCGUGUUAGAAUCGGAGUCGCAAAGAUCAGAAGGUUUGCUUUUUGUUGCGACUCCGCUUAUGACUCCGUCGCGUGCGAUCAAGGGAAAACUAGAUCAUCGGAGUCGAGAGCAGAAGCAGAGAAAUAAAUCAGUUACAAUGCUCGUUCUCAUCAGUUGUGAUCGGGGGACCAGGAGGAUGGUUCUUCCACUUCUGCUUGCGACCUCGACAGUCUAGUUUUCGUUAGGUCGUAAGCAACAGAGUCGUACGAUAAUAGGAACUGGAACUCUGUUUUCACUAGAUCAUAAAGCUCCGCCUUUCUGAUUACGACUCAGACUCGACUCUGUUGAUGAUGAAAAAAGCCUCCAAGCCCUAAUAUUUCCCAGCAUCCAAUUGUCCAUUUUUACGAUAACAGCAUUUCGCUACAAUGACCAGAAUCAUUCAGGAUUUUGUUUUCUAGUGCAAAUGAGGGCUUUUGUUAUUGAAGACUCUCUGAAAUGGGUCAUUUGCAGGAGGACGUCAUUUUUCUACUACUACCAGAAUCCUUCAGGGUUUUUCUUCCUUGUGCGAAUUUGGGCUUUUGUUAUUUAAACCUCGCUGGGAUUAUUACCAAUUAAAAAAAAAAGAUUUUAAAGAGUUCUUUUCAUUAAUGAAACUGUUUAAGAAAUGGAGAACAAUUUAAAAAAUUAAAGAAUAUCCAUCGUGAUUUUAAGAAAUACAAUAUUCAAACUGUUUCAGUUUUUUUUAAUUAAAAACUGUUAAUGUAUAUAAAAAUUUUCUUUCACUUUUAGCCAGUCUCCAGGUGGAUAUGUUUGUAAACGGGCGAGUGUGUUGCAGCGUGUGUGUAUGAAUUAUAAACAAAUUUAAGCGGACAUAGCCUUAGUAAAUGUCUUAGUGAAAAUCCUCACGGCGCUUUUUUUCGUCUCUUGUAAUCCAGCCCAAAAGAAAUUCGAGCAUCGGCUUCCGAACUGUUGUCAGAUCCUUUUUUGAACCAUGAACAACUGGAAGAAGUCCAUCCACAAGGAGGUAUGGCUGUGGUUAAUAUAUAGAUUUAGCCAGGGCUAAAAGCGAAGCUCCCAUUAAUAAAUUCAUAAUUUAAAUCAAACAAUAAACUUGUAAUCCACAGAUCAGGGCACAUUCAUUUGACUUUUGAGGGAAAGGCUAAGUGAUUUUAGAGAAAAAUAAUUUGACAGUCCAAGAGUGAAACAAAGUGUACAUCGAGUUAUUAAAUAGUCUUAUUUGUACACCCAAAAAUAGCAAUCAUGUUCGAUCACAGAAGAUUAGGCCUGGAAAACAAAUAGACCUAUUCGUGUAUUGUAUUUGCAUUAGCUGUUGCAUCAUAAUGUGGCAUUCACCAGUCUCUCCAACAUUGCUCCGUUAGACAACCCCGAAAUAUAGUUUUAAGAAACACACGCGCCACGAUAGUCCUUGGUGGCAGCCAAUUUACACGUUGCAUUCCUCUGUCUAAAAGAGAGGCCAAAAUAAAAAGUCAGGCCGGAUUUUUUGUGUUCGACAAGUUUAGUUUACUAGUAGAUCUUGGCGACGAAUCUGGUGGCGUGUAAACCAGCCUUUUAAACAUACUUUUUCUCAUCACGUCUCAGCUAAACAUAACAUAACGUAACAUAAAACUUUAUUUAUACUCGAAUUUUAGAGUAGCUAACAAGCUAAUAUCUUCGAGCUGACACUACAUAAAAACUAUAUAGAAAAUAUAUAUGUACAUGAAAUGCAAGGAAAGAAAAUAUCAUUUACAAUUCACAAUUUUAAGUUUAAUUAUGUCAGGCAAAAAGAAUCUACAUGAAGGUAACAUCCUGUAUUCUGCUAAACAGUACUCUGAGGCCCUUUUUUAUCAUACAGACCUCGGACAGAAUUUGUUCUUUUUUGCCCUAUUUAAACCUAUAAUUCUGCAUUUUUUCACAAUUUUGCAAGAGAAUUUGCACUCAUUCAAUAUCCACGACGAUGAAAGCACGCGCUUCCUUUGCACAACAAAUUGUAGCAUUGAAUUAUAAGACUUUGUUAUGAAGAGAAUUCUCAGAUAAUGCCGGGACUUUUCAGUUAGAAAAAUCUCGUCCUAUGUGAUAUGCAGGAUAAUAAUUACGGGCUUUUAAUGAAAACGAUAAAAAAAAUUCCCAAAAUCACCUUUUCGACCAGCCGGACGGGUUCUCACUUUUGACAGGCACCAAAUUUGCAGUGCGACUAAUAGAGUUACCGUUUACGCUUCAACAUGAUAGAGAAAUUGUUAUGUUUAGGUUUUAUUUCCCAUUAUGUAUUAAACUGUGUAUGGUUUUGUUAUGUGUAAUCUGUAAAAGCGAGUGACAUUUACGCGCGGCGUUUUGAGUAUUCCUGCAUGCGAUGUUUAUGUUCGACGGGAAACAACCGGUGCAGCGAUAAAAAUUGCGAGAGGGACUACUAACAAUCAAUAAAAUAAAUAUAAUUCGGUGAAACAUGUACAGAGACAAUAAUUUUCAUUCACGAAGAGAAGUAUUGAGAGUAAAGUGUCUCUGAAAAUCAUGAGUCAGGUAAGCACAAGCUUAUUUAUGUUUUGAGCCUUUUUCAAGAUGAACUCGAGGCAAGAAAAUCGCUCAGAGCUUUCUGUUUACAGCCAAAAUCAUAACUAAAUAAUCCUCAGAACCUUUUCUUUGAAUUUGCGGUCAAAAAAUCUCUAAAGGCUUUUUAAACCUGAUACUACUGUAAGUUCGAUCAUUGCUCGUGUAUAAACUUAAGCCGUACGCUCGACUUCAGGAAACCAAAAAAAAAAAAGGCACAUCAAAGACAACAAUUGCUCAGGCUUACCAGUCGAGAUGCUGCUUCUGAAGGUCAUGAAGUGUUCCAGAAUCGCUUGAGACUUUUCAACCCUCUUACGCCUCAAGCAAGGGCAAGUGAGUAAGCUCAUUUUUGAAAACGAUGCCAUCCGAAAUCGGAUUUCCAAUGACUUUGACAAGCGGUGCAUUUGUCAACAAAAAGCGCAAUAAACAAACCAGCCAUGAAUUACAGAACAAUCUUGAUAGCAGCUGUAUUUCAUUUUGUGCACCAAGUAGAAAAAGAUAGUUUAAAACAUCACAAGAUGACACAAAACUCCCGGACAAAACUCUGUCAGCUCCAGCUAUCAGUAAGCAAGUUUCCAGACGCUGCAUAAAUUUUCCGCAAGAACUCACCUGUCAAAUUUUGACCAAUCAGAAGAUAAGAAUUGGACGUAGAGCGUGAUCAACGCGUGACAGUGAGAAAAGUCAAAAGCGAUUGCCUUCCCUGAAUGUAAAUGUAAAAGCCGGUUGAAUUUUCGCGUCCGAGGUCAGUUCGAAAUCAGCAUUUUAAAAGUGCUGCUCAUGAACACGACUUAUUUCAUAUGGUUUUAAAAAAAUUUAACUUGAGCCUGCGAUCAUUUGAAAAGUAUCAACUUGGUAGCGGGUACCUUCAAAAAAACACUCGAACUCAGUGGGUCGAUAACUGAGCCCACGAUACGGUCAGGCGAUACUGGUCAGCAGAAACACUUUUUUGACAGCUGUCAAUUAAUCAAAACAUGGAUGUACAAUAUCAGGUUGCAGGCUCCCAAACUAGCCAGAAAGUGUGAUAUUAAACAUUGGUAUGCCUGUGGUGCGGAUGGACGGAAGGUCGGGUGGUCGGUGUACGGUCACGUGAUUGUCGAAUUUGCUAGGAUAAUUAUAGAUAGAUUUUCUAAGCUAUGGGGCUUCGAAUUAAGAACGCAAUCAAAUCAAAAUAUCAGCGCAAAACUCUACGUGACCUCAAUGGAUAGAAAAAUGAGCCCGCGAUACGAUCAGGUGAUGAUGGUCAGCGUAUACUUUAGUUUGACAGCUGUCAAUUAACCUUCAUUAGAAUGGCGAAUAUUCGAAUUAACAGACUACGAGUGUGAGUAAGACAUAACCGUCCGGCAUGUAUUGGAAAAUGUUAGAUCGUGUACCUGAGCGAACCUGAGCCCACCUUAUUAGUUUUCUGAUAGUGGACUGCACAUGUCCCUUUUUGACAGCUGUCAAUUGACCUUAAUUUGGCUUGCCAAUAUAACUUUAAACGACUGUCAGCCAACUGACAGCCUUCCCCGGCGUAGUUUCGUUUUUAUGUUGAAUUGGUAAGUGUGACAUAUUAUAUCAGCUUAUAUGCAGGGGCAAAACGACUGGUCUUUCAUCUGCGCCCGCAAGAUGGCCACGUGAUAAUUGUCAGCGGAUGCAUGAUUUUGACAGCUGUCAAUCUAAUCGUACUCAUACGGAUGGUAUACAUAACUAAGAGGCUAGUCAAGUUGUGCAAGAUAUAUUGUGACAUUUGACAUCGGCUUACAUGAAGUGUGUGUACGGGUGGGCGUACUCUACGUCGUAACCAAAUUUUCUCGGAUGGAUAGUUUACCAAAUUUUCUUACCCAUGGUGCUCCGCUGCGCGCGCGCGAGAGCUCCGCUAAUAUGUAGUGCUAAAAUACUUUUCUUUUACUUCUUUAAGUGAAUUUGACUUUAAUGCUCUUAUGAAUUGUACGAAACCUGAAAUUGAACUAUCACUGCAAAAAAUCCCACAUAUCUAUAUUUAAUUUUGGAGGCCCUCCAUGCAUUAACGGAAAUUGUAUUAGGUAUUCAAUGACUAAAAUGUUCACGCGUGCAGUAGCAUGCAGUUUUAGAACUGAAUUGUACGACGUUUGAAAAUGCUUACAAUGUGAGUAUUUCUGCUGCAUUAUACCGGAUGCUGCGGAUCCAGUAUCGUGAUCAGGAACGUGUGACUGCAGUAGUGGUAGUUUUAGUUUUCAAUUUACACCCUAGACAACACAAGUUUGUUUUUUAUGUAUCACACCCUUGCGAAAUGCGAAACACAGUACUUAAGCUAACCUUUAAAGCAGAAAGAAAGGAUAUACCAAAGCAUAUUAGCUUUACCUAGAAAAAUUGAAAGAAAAAAAGGUUAAAAAUCAGCUGCAAAGCUUGCAAACAAAGGGGUAAAUUUGCAUUUAUUGACAUGUACUGGAAGACUCUAAUAACAAAACGAUCCUAGCGAAUGAGUCGAGCUGAUUCGGUUUAUGUGCCAACUAAUUAAGGUAAGAGCUCUGUCCGUAUUCUUGUCACGGUGGCAAAGACAAAUAAAUAUUGUUAUUAGAUUGUUAGUUAUCUGGUCUUAUCUCUAAAACUUCUUGUUCCAUAGAUCUUUCUUCUCUGAAUACAAAUUGAAAUUCACCUUGAAUUGUGUAUUCGAUUAAGUUGUAAAUAUGGUGUAUAUGGACUAAUUUUUUAAAAUGUUCUUAGUGAAAGCAGAAAGGGUUGAUUUAGGCCGAGUUAGCCUGCAGGUGCAGUGAUAUCGCCACCGUUAUCAACAAGUUUGACUUCUGAAUGUAUGUCUAGAAUAUCCGGAACAGUGCCCUGGUUGAGAGCAUGGUUAAAAACCAAUCUUAUUUUGAUAACAUUACAAAACUUUACUUAUGUCAGUGAAACAGUUAUCAGGGCCGGAGCAGAGAGGGGGUGAGUCUUGAGGUUUUGAACCUUGUGCAAGGGGUGGGUCACCCUAUUUUAUUACGUAGAUAACGAGACAGUUGACCACACUUGUUAUAUAAAACACAACCACCUGGAAUUGUCGCUAAAAUACUCUCAAACCUGUUGUGUGAGAAAAUGCAAGGGCUGACAGGCCGCACAUCUAUACCGGCGUGAAACCCUUUGUUAAUCUUUUUUUUGGCUUUAACCAGCAUGUCCUUUAAUGAUUUUCCUUUCUUGAAAGGAAAUGAUAGGUAGGUCUUGUAUAAGAUUCCACUUUUUCACUCAAGCUUCCUUUAUAGUAGACACUGAGGGUUGGUAUUGUGUCACGAAUGACAAUUUAGACUCCCUUUCUGUGAAUUUUAUUUUUGAUAGUAGGUUUUUCUAUCAAAGUUUGUGGGUAGCCUCUGUCCAUCAAGCGUUUUUUGAAAUUGGAAUUAUUUUCCUCAAAGGUUAUUUCUGAGGAGUUUUUUCAUAGGAUUCUCAAGGCUUCUCCUUUGACAAAUCAUUUUUUAACACUUGGAGGGUGACAUGAGUUGAAAUGUGUGUGCAGGAGGGUUUCCGUUUGUUUAAAAUUUGUCUUUGCAUCAAGGAUAGGUUUUCCUUGAAUCUUGUGCCUUUGUAUACAACCGUGUCUAAAACCACAGUCUCAGUGUCAGAUAUUUCGGCCGUGAAUUUGAUAGUUGGGUGAUGUAAGUUUUCUUGUUCGAUGAAGGCUUCGAUGUCUGGUUUACUUAAGUCCCAUAGGGAAAAGAUAUCGUCAAUGUAGCGUUUCCAAACUGUAGGUUUACAAACGGUUCUGCUUAGAAUUGUUGUUUCAAUAUAUGCCACAAAAAUGUUCCAAAGGAAACUGCUGUCUUUGUGCCCAUUGCAGUUCCAUGAGUUUGUAGGUAGAGCUUUCAAUUGAAGUGGAAGAAAUUUUCUUUGAGGAUUAAUCUAAGCAUUUCCGGCAAGUAAUGGGUAGGAAUAGUGCCGAAGGGAGGGGGUGGGCCAUGUGUUUUUUAUCAACCACAUUUCCAAAUGCUCUGCCCCUCCCACCCUAUAAUUUUUUGCCCAGUCCCUUACCACGAGUGAUGUGCAUAAAAUUAUUAAGAGCCUACCUUCAAGGAAAGCUCACCUUUGCGACAAAGUUAACGCCAAAAUUCUGAAAGACAGCUCACCAGUUAUCGCCCCCAUUAUAACUAGUCUUAUCAACAAUUCCUUCACUUUGAGUACUUUUCCACUUCCAUGGAAGAAAGCAGAAAUCGUCCCAAUUCUUAAAUCCGGGGACAGUGAGGAGCCUGUGAACACGAGACCAAUAUCGCUCCUCCCUAUUUUAUCUAAAGUGUGCGAAAGAGCAGCUCUCUUGCGUUGUACCAAUUUCCUCGAUUGAAGUGGAAAUAGAAAACUUCACUCAACCGAGUCUGCGCUACUUCACUUUACUGAUGAAUUGCUUAAUAACGUGGAUCAAAAGAGGAUAUCUGUUAUUGUUUUUUUUGACAUGUCCAAGGCUUUCGAAAGCAUCCGAUACGAUUUAAUGUUAUGUUAACUUUUCAAAGUUAGUGUAUCCGAAUUUUCGUGUGCCUGGUUCGAAAGCUAUUAAUCACAACGUGAACAAGUCAUUAAAAUUCAGAAUACCGUAUCCCAUCCCUUACCUCCAACGGUUGAGUUACAGCAAGGAUCCAUCAUGGGCCCGGUGUUGUUUAUAUUAUAUAUAAAAAACCUGCUUCAAGUGCCAAAAAAACUGCGAACCACUCGUCUAUGUGGAUGACAACACACUCUUCUUUGGGUUCCCCUCCAGCAAACUUUACAAAACUUAACGACGUUAUCUCUGCAGUAAACGAAGAUCUUAAAGAAAUAUCGAUUUGGUGCUGUAGAAAUUCACUGCUCAUCAACCCUGACAAAACAAAGCACGUUUAUGUGGGCGUCCCACAACUCAUGAGGACUUUACCUACCCCGUUACCAAGUGCGACAAUGCUGGGAACUCGUCUAGAUGUUUAGUGUGAUAAAGCUUACGAAGAAACGUUUAGUGGUCAUGGUCACCGUUGAGAGGGAUAUUGGCAUCAUCAUAGUCAGGCAUGGUAUUAUGUUCCCUUUUUUAGAUUACCUCAUUUUAUGUGUAUGGUUGCACACUUAUUUAUUCCCCAUUCCAGACCAAUACCUUUAAACAUCACUUUCAACUUGCUUGACACAACUGCCGCCUUUUGUUCAGACUUGUGGUAUGUUCUGAGAUCGUCUACAAACAACGGAUGCGUGAUCUUUUGGUUGAGAGCGUGAGAUAAAUUGUACCCCUCUGUGCUUCUCAAGUACCAUGCGAUUGGAUUCAGUGCAAGAGUAAAUAAUCUUCCACAAAAGGAGUCGCCUUGCAAAUCCUUUUGUUCACUUUGAUUGGACCGAUCUUCUCUUUACCCUCGCUCGUAUUUACCUCCAGUGUGAUUCUCCAUUUCUUCAUCAUGACAGAUUUAAUAAGGUUUAUUAGGCCAAAAUGUAUCCCAUUCGUCUCCAGUGUUCCCUCAAGUCCACCCAGCUGCAGCAUAAGUUCUUCUUUUGGAAGUGUGCAUCUUCUAGUACCAUUUAAGAAGAUUUUGUCAUUUAGCAAGUUCUCAACACAGCCCGUAGUCUUUGCUUUCCCCUCUUUGAUCAAUCUGCAUCAAGCGAUACUUUUCCUCGUGUAAAUGUAAAAAAUAUUAUUACUAUUAUUAUUAUUAUUAUCAUUAUUGUUAUUAUUAUUAUUAUUAUUAUUAUUCAACAUGUGAAAGAUGUACUCUCGGCCAAUAGCUCCAAGAAAUGGGUGUACAAUCUACCCUCUAAGCAGAAGAAGAAAGAGAAAAAAAGAAAAGCCUACGUUGUAUAAGCCUAAUGGUUUCUUUGGACUUUAUAGCCAUAUUCUAACGAAUUUCAGUAAUUUAAUACUGUGUCAUAAUAAGGUGGUGGAAAAAAAAAAUAAAGAAAACCGUAAAUAGUGGACUUCGACAACCCCCAGGACCUCUAGUUUCCUUAUGGCACUGUCGUUUGUAGGAGGAAAGUCAAAACAGCUCCAAAAAGUAUUCAAGCAACAGGGUAGGAAUACUUACAGCAUGCCCUUCAGCAAGCUUCGGCAGUAGCGCCUAAGGGUGCCCAGCAUCGAGAAAUCAUGUGGUGUGUUUAAAGUUUGACUACAGAGGGUGUUGGAAGGAACAUGUGGGAGGGACAGCCAGGACUUUUUUUUCUGUGCUUCCUUGAGCAAACAGAUGGACAACAACCCACGUCAGCUGCCAUCCAAGAGCAUACCGACGUCCCUGGCCACAAUUCCUCACUAGAUAACGCAAGGAUCCUUGCAAGAGAAGAGAAUCUUAGCCAAGGAAAGAUCAAGGAAGCCCUCCGAAUAAACCGUAGCCACCCGGUCCUCAGCCGCGACCGAGUUUACGAGAGCACGCUCGCGUUGGUCAGUUUCGUGUCUUAAAAAAGGCAAUUGGCAGUUUUCGAAACUUCGACUUAAGUUUCUAUUUGUUUCUGUGUUGUAAAUUUAUUUUCAAUGGCCUUGUAAGACUCCCCACGUGAGCAUUACAUCAUGCCUCAUUGUGAUUGGGAAUGGCCCAUUAUUCUUGAAAGGAUAAGCACAAAUCGACACUUACUCCGUCUCGAUAAUGGCAGCCUGUUACUUUCAUUCCUCAAAACCAUUGAUGGGCUUGGAUUUUUCCCUCGCGGAGGACGCAACGACUGGGAAAACAUAGAAAGCCACAAAGUAUAAAACUUAUUGUGGCAUGAAAUUACCUCGCCAAGCAAAUAAUUCAACUAUGACGGAAUCACCGAAAUCAGCAAAAAUACAUCUGCACCCUGUUAGGCCCACAAAAUCAUUUUCAAGCCACUAGCUGAAACCAAUCCACCGCGGCAAUCCAUUUUCAAUGUAGCUUUUGUUCUGAUUCAGAAAAGCUCGCGUAGUGACUUCAAACAGCAUGGCAAGCUUUGCCAAAUCCUUGUACAAAUCCUUGUUUUCCUCGGCUGGUUAACUGUAAGUGUACCAAAUAUUCAAAUGUACAGUAACUUUGGCGUUAUUUUCUGUGUUUUUCUAGUGUUGCAUUUUAUGGCAGUCUUAUUGGGGCUUUGUCUUUAUGCCUCAAAUGAUUUUCUCUAGUCAUUCUUUCCUCGGCGAGUGAAAAAUAUUUAGCCCGUCAUCAGUUAAGCAAUAUACUUUUCCUCGAUUUUGCUUACGCCAUUUCUUCGGCAACUUUGGUUUAUCAAGUGGACGGUGGUAAAAACGAACACCACAAACAGAUUUAAAACAGUUUCUAGACAGAUGAACCGUAAUAGUUUAAACUCUACCAUUCGGCGAAAAAACUAUAAAUAUUUUGCUUCUUUUUCGCAGACAGUCUGUUUACUUUCGGUGCUUCAGUAAGAAGAGCGUGGGAAGAUAAGGUUAUUAUGAGUAUUCCUAAUCGAUACACACUAAGGAGGAGACUUUUCGCCAUAGAGAAUACGAUUAAUCCUGUUCAUUAUCAUUAAUACCUUUCCGUUAUUGUUGUUUCUAGAAUUCUAUUGUUGAAUUCAAGAGUAAACGAAGGUGAUAUUGCGCGUAGCACGAACAAAGUAUCCCAUGCGGCCAGUAAUCCAAAAACUCGUGAAAUACGAUAAUCGGAAGUCAUGCAAUUUCCACCUGCUUAGUAACCUUGUAACCUACGACAAGUACUUUCAUUAAGGAUUUAAUCUCAACUUUUUGAUCUUCUACUUGUUGCUGCCGGGCAUCAGCCGGCAGCAGACCAUAUUCUUGAGCGAUUUGAGAUUUAUAGUUCAAUGGUUCCAUGGUUCGAUGGUUCAUCUGUGACUGCAGCGCUGUGCAGUCAGCGGUUUGCUUAAGCAAGUGCUUAGCUGCCGCGCCUGUUUUUCUCUUAGGAGCAACCCGCCAUUAUGUAAGAUCUCUGCAGAAAUCGUAGCUUAUCGGAUGCUUGCUGUCUUUUUAAACGGCUUAAACGGUAAGAACAGUUCCAGAAGUAUUGUACGGAACAUUUUUUCGGUUUAUUUUUUUUAUUCUAGGUUUCAAGAUUGGUUAUAGCGAGUAUUCUUUUGUCACACAGAUUGUUAUCUCGGGAAUCAGGAUUGUAAGUUACAUACGUGAACGGCAUGUGCUGUACAUCUACCUGACCUGUGAAUAAACAAGUUUUGGUCUUUACGUUAUUUGUUCGCAACUCACCUCAUCCUGUGUACGAUGAUUGUUCGAUGAAGAAACAGCCUAUCAGCACUGCUGUUGCUGUUGUUGUUUUACAAUUUCGGGAAUUAUCAAAAUGAAUUACAAAAUGGUAUUGAAACCUUAGCGAGUUAUAUGAAUGUAAGCAUAUUUGUCAUCGUGAUUGGUUCAUUUUUUAUAUUACGCUCUGAGUGUUUCAUAAUGCCAGCAAGUCUAAGUUAUUGACUUUAAUAAAAAAGAAUUCAUAUGUUCAACUGUUCUACAAACUGUAGCAACUAACGGCAUCGCAACUAACGACAGCACCUCCCUUCUCAAUGAGAACUUCUAGUCUUAUUAUACUAUUUACAUUUUGCUUGUAAUUUAAUUGGCAACCAACGAAUACUUUGCUCUGAUGUUACACGCUUAAAGAUAUCAACAAAAAAAUUGUAUACCGUUGAGUUCUUCGUCAUCAUCGUGCAUUCACGUUGGACUGUGUUGCCCAAAUCAUAUUAAAACGCCUUACGCCAAUGCCCCUCAUCUCAUUGUAUAGUUCCAGAAGGUAUUCAUACCCCCCCCCCCCACUUCCGGAGGGCAACGGAAAUUUCGAGGGAAGGGGGGGAUCUUAAACGAGGUAAUUUCCAAGGGGGUGGGGUUGCUUACAGAGGUUUUUUUUUCAAGGGGUUUGAGUAAGAAUGGUGAGUUACUAAUAACAAAAAGCUUCUCUGUUGACCAAGUUUUCAGUUAUUUUUCUGUUACCGGUAUUGUUUAAGUUGAUCAUCUUCUACCAACGGUCAGCUGGAUCCUUUUCUUCACGGCUUGUGCGAUAGUUUCCUUUAACACAAUUGUCACCUGCUCAUGGAUAAACUUCCGGUUAUCUAGUUGUUACUUUAUUACACAUUUGAUUCAACGUAAUUUGGUCGGGUUUUAUGCCUUUUUGUAACAUGUUCAUGUGUUUGACCCGUUGUUACUUACAUGUACUUUACUUAAGGGUUUAGCCCACUUCUGACCCACUGCUACCUGUACACCUAUUAAUUAUAUAAAUGGCCAACAAACGUGUCGAACGCCCUCUCCUAAGCUCCCAUUACUCCUAGUUAGCUAAGAAUGUCCUUGAGUUCAUUAGACACCGUAUAAACAUAAAUGAAAAGAUUUGUUCUCCUUUUAUCCCAGAAACCAUUCUUUCGCGUAAAAUAUAAAGCGACAACUUUUCUUGUACACAUAUAUUCUUUCCAGAGGGUACCCAACCAAGUUGAAAAAUUGUGGAAAUUCCAGGGGGUGGGGGUCUAAAGCAAAAGUGCCCUCUGUGGGAGGUAUGGAUAUAUUUUGGAACUACGCGUUAGAACUUAUGAUAAGCGCAGAUUAACCUUGUAAACAUUUCUUCUCUAUCAUUAUGUGCUUAUCAUUGGCUUUUCCAAGGGUUGACACCCCGGGAACAUGCGGUUGACAAUGUUUUGGGCGCGGGAGGUGGGGACAUUGUUUAGCUUUGGAAACGAACGUUUUAAACCACAGGGAUGCACCCCUGGGAUUUGGCCGUCAUGGGGCAGUGGCACAUUUAUGACUAAAAAUAAUGAUGUUGCCAACAUUGAAGGUUUGGCCAGAUCUAUGAAAGGGAUUACUCCCAGCUGAGCAAUUUUUAACGCAAUGCUCGAGAAAAUGUUGGGGCCACGGUUUUUCUAAACCAUGUUUAAGUUAUGGCUACGGCUUGAAUACAGGCGUUUGGUGUUUGAAUGUAGAACUCCCUGAAGGAGUCUGCGUUAGUUAUACAAAACGCGUAAAAGGAUACACAAGUUUUGCAGCGACAUUUCGCCAAGUACGUCUCACUAGUUUAGUUUAAAGAACAAUAAAUACCGUUAAAUAUUAAGCCCCCUCUCAAAUAAGCCCACUGUCUCUGAUAUGCCCUCUCUUUUCAGGGGAAGAAAGUUAAUAAGCUCCCCAUCUUUUUCAAGCCCUCUCUUUCCCCUUGUUAUUAAUUAAUGAUAAAUGAUAGACUGUAUUAAUCAGUCACGACGUAAAACUUCGUUUGGACUGAUCCAGGAUCACUUUUAUUCACCAGCUGGAAGUUUGGAUUUGCUUUUGAUCCUCGGCUGCAUGAACACCAACUUCUUGUACUUGAGCUUUUCCUCUUUGCAUUCUAGUUCUUUAUGGAGAACUGGUACCAUCUUCUUUGCUAGAUUGAAUAAACCCCUUCUCAAUUAAGCCCCCGCGGGCUUAAGAGAGGAUUUACGAUAAACAAGGGCCAAGGUGUAACAUUUGGCAUUAUGGACGUUGCGUCAAGAGCAAUAAAAAAAUAGGACAUAUAUCUGUUAUUACUGCAAAUAAUAACAGAUAAUAAUAACAUCAUGUCUUUUUAGCCACUGAGGAGGGGGACUUGGUGUAAUAAUAAAAAAAUAAUAAAUAAUAAUAAUAAAAUAUUUAUAUAGCGCUUAUACUUUUAAUCUUUAUGCCCUAUGCACUGGGCAUUUAGUAGGUUUUUGUUUGAUUGUGAAAACAGAAACCGGGGUAAACCGGGCGUUGACCCCCGGGAAAGCCAAUGAUAAGUGCAUUAGUUUCACGAGGAUGUACGCUUGCCCACGCAGCGUGAAAUGAAAAUUAUUAUCGCAGCAACUGCGAUGUUUCAUGACGACACGCCUACUGAAUAAUUAUCUUUUUCGUUUAACAGAUGUCUUGCAACUGGACAAGCUUAGUAUCGUUUCUGAACCGAGUGUAAAAUCCGCAUAUAAGGGAGAAUCCGUUGAAGGCCCUAAGGACGACAAUUCCAAGGAUCCAGGUGAAGUGCCUAUGGCAUCGGCGAGUGGAAUGAGAAAAAUUCGUGCAGCAACCAUGAUGUUUGAAGCUAAGCACGAGGAAUGCAUUCGUGUGUUGCCCUAUAUAAAGGAUGGUCAGAUUGUGGUUCAGUUUUAUGUGUAUAGUGGGGAGUCUGGUAUACCAAAAGAUUUAGAGGAAGAAGCCCAACAGUUUUUUAAGGAAAUGAAUGUGAAGCUGGAAUGGUCAGAUCUUUAUAACAACAGCGUCAACGUAUUGAAGGUUCAACGACUCGAGUAUUCAUCUGAAAAACCCAAAACACUGACUGCUUCUCAGGUUGACAAAAUGAAUGACGUGAUUGAAAAGAACCUUCCAGAACUUUCUAAGCAUUGCAAUAUUACCUCUGUACAGGCCUCUUUCAAAAUCAAAAAUUCCACGCAAACAGAUGAGCCUUGUAUUACGCUUUAUGUGCUUGGGAAAGGCUUUUUUCCAAUUGGCGAGCGUAAGUUUCCAAAUGCGUUGGGAGACUACCCCGUGGAUGUUGUGAAUGGAUUCUGGACAAGAGCAAGUGGUGAGUAUUGGGAACCAAACAGCGCACAAAAGCCAAGCAAAACCCUUUGUUCUGGCGUAAGUAUUGGCGUACAGGGAGAAGAAGCAGCGGGGACACUUGGUGCUAUUGUGAAAAACGGUAGUACAUUUUAUGCUCUUUCCAAUCAUCAUGUGAUGAAUUCAGUCCAGUCAAAUCUUAUUGUCCAUCCUUCACUCUAUGACCACCUUAACUAUCUGAGAUAUUACUUAGCACAAUAUAGACGUCACGUAAAAGAUGUGACUGGUUUGGAAGCCCAGGGUUCAGUUAACGACUUUACAACACGGGAGGCACUGGUAAAUAACUUCAAAGAGCUGAAGUUCAGAAAAGAUAUCCACGUCCAAGGCUACUCCACCGAGCGUCUGGAACUAAUUGAAAUGGCUGAGAAAGAUUUUGAACAAGGGCAAGAGCCGCCAAGAGAAAUAGGAGAGCGGGUCGUCGGCGUAUUUGACAACUUUUUAUGGACUGAUGGCAAGGAGUACUUCAUCGAUGCUGCCAUUGCAAAGUUGUUUGACGAAGAAGUAAAAAAAUUAAAAGGCACGACAGCUAGAUUGAUUGGAAAUGAUGGCAAACCGCGUGGAUGCAGUCCCGUAGACAAGAUAGAAACCAUACUUAAAAAUCGACUUUGUAAGAGUGGCCGAACAACGGUGUAUACCGAGAUUGAGAACAAAAUUCUUAGAGACAAAAACCAUUUCACGACGCCGCACUAUAUGAUUGGUUCACCAAGUUACGACCUAAGCGAUCUUCCAUUCAUCAGUAAUGAAUUGAAAGAGUUCAUUUGUAAAGAUUGUGACGUAAACAAAUUCGAAGUCACUGACAGUGGAGAACCUCUUUCCUGUGUCAAGUGCCAUGAACAAGAAGCUAAACUCCGUAGUAGACAUUUGCUUUGUAGGGUCUUGUGCAUUUCAGAAGGAAAGAAAGUAUUCGCAGACGAAGGAGAUUCUGGAGCCGUGAUCUUCGAAAUCGACCAAACAGAAGGAGACGAAAAGUUCCUUUCUGGCCUUGGCCUUUUUUUCGCUACAGGCGUGAAUCAAUACCAUCGCCUUACCUAUGCCUCACCGUUAAAAAUUGUUCUAGACGCUUUGACCAAAAAACUCCCAACAGGUAGCAAUUUGGAGCUGGUUUCAAAGUUUUAAAGAACCCACGCUAGGCCAUUCGUGUUUGAACGUUGUCAAGCAAUCAUCGAUCAUGUAAGAACAAAAAUUUAUAUUUAGAAGGAACCACUCAGCGAUUGUUUUAUUUUACUGUGAACCAGGGUCUUCUGUUCUACAUUGGAAUCGAGAAGACCCUGGGGACAAGGUUGGCAAUUGUUGAUUAUUUUCAUCAUGGGUAGUAACCAAUAACACGUGUCAUAAUUCAUUUACAAUAUUUCUUCGUUUCUUAUUGGCUAAAUUCUUACGCAUAAUUCAUCAUAAACAGCUACUGCCGACCAAAUUUGGAAGAAUUUUGCGAUAUGUGAAAAUUGACGUCAAUUGCGCAGCAAAUUGUCAGAUUAUUGUACGGUUAACCGAGAAGACCUGGGGACAAGGUUGAGUUUAUAAAAUGGCCAAACUUUUCUCUCGUUUCGCUAGGAAGAAGUAAGCGAACUACUGGCUAAAAACAUAGCAACAAGACAACUCGACCAACGACAUCUACUAUUUUGGGAAAUAUUUGCAGAACUGAACAACCCUUUCUCUCCUAAAAUUGCCGAUAAACAUGCACUGUCGAAGAUGAACUUAACAUCGAUGGAGGAAAGCAUUUUUUAGCUUGUUCUUUAACUAGGAACUAUUUUGAGGCCUAAUUGGCCUCGGCGGAUAACACCCUCCUCGAUUUCCAUAAUUCUUCAAUACGAAAGCCGAAUUCAAAAAUUGGUAAUUAUUAUAUGGCUGAAUCCGUGAGCGGGCAAGAUAAAGCGAAUCCUUCGUUCUGAUUGGCUACCCGAGCGGACAAGAUCGGUCCAUCAUGCCCGCUCGGGAUUUCCCGCGUUUUCCCCCGCAAGAUAGAGUUCUGUUUUUUUGGCCAUAUAAUAAAUUCUUUAUUGACCAAGCUUGUUCGGAACAAGAUGGCUGGAUAUUGGCCUCGUUCUUUUUGCACUUUUAUUGACCACGACUUCGUCCCCGCCAAUAUCCAGCCAUCUUGACUGAACGAGCUUUGUCAAUAACGCAUAUGUAUUAGGGAUUUUACCCUGAUCGGUCGUUGUGUUUAACUGAUUCUUGGUUUGUAACCACGUGACAAUGCGGAAGAGAAAUGCUUUUUUUCUUGAUUAACAACAUGGCGACCAUGAAGUCACGUGCAAACCAGUAGUUUAAACCCUUCCCGUAACUUCCGUCAACUGACGAACAAAUCAUUAUUGACAACACGAUGAACAUGAGUUUUUAAAAGUAUAUAAUUAAGUUAUUAUAUAGUGAUAUAUUCACAAUAAUAUGAUUAAAAUUUAGUACCAGUGUUAGUGAUGUAAAUGUGAUUGAUUAUUCAUACCUAUCUGUUGAUAUAGUUUUCAAAAAAUGAGGUUGCUCUCUUGAUUCCGGUCCAAGUUUAGAAUAAAUUUGUUGCACUGUCGUCGGAGUGUUUUGUGGUAGUGCUGAAUUUUUUUAUUAAAGCUGGUACAAUUUUCCUCUCUCCCAAGCGAAGAGAACCCUUUCUUUAGUUUCCUAGUUUCUUAUAUUAGUUCCAGUACAAAUGUACCUUCUGUGAACUGGCGAACAAAUCAGCGGUGACAAUUCGCUGAACCUGCGGUUUGAAUUGUUCGUAAUCAGUUUACGUAUUUAUAUAUCUAGUGAUGACUAUUCAUAAUACUACUAUUUCAAUGUACUACCAAUGUUAUUUUUUUACUGGACUUGGAGAGAUUAUUCCUGCCUUUGAUUUUCUUCCAAAAAAUUAAGUUUGCUGUCUGGAUUCAGAGCCAUUUAGUAAAACUGUUGCGCGUGCUGUUUAUUAGCAGUGUGUAAUAACAGUUCAGUGUAUUUACUCCGAUUGUACAAUAUACAGUUAUGAAUUUAUAGUGCGUCCAUGCAAAUUAAUUAGAAAUGGUCGCUAUCUGGAUUCAGAUCAAGGUUUAAAGUUAAUUUGUUGUAUGAACUGUUCAUUAGCAGUGACUAGUAACAGUUCAGUGUGUUUACUACGAUUGUACACUAUACAGUUAUGAAUUUAUAAUGCUUCCAUGCAAAUUAAUUAGAAAUGAUCGCUAUCUGGAUUCAGAUCAAGGUUUAAAGUUAAUUUGUUGUAUAAUCUGCUCAUCAGCAGUGACUAGUAACAGUUCAGUGUGUUUAGUGAUAUUACUCUUAUCGUUCCUUUUUUGUUAGAGCUAAUUUACUAGCUGAGGAAACAUAAACGCAUCUAAGUGCAGCGCAUGUCUCUCAAGUGUCUCAUCAACAUUUUUAUUAGCUGUCAAAGAAAUCAGCAUAGUGCAGUAUGGUAAAAUUGAGCUUUUAGAUUAAGUUUUAUUAUCAGGAUUAGUUAUUGUAGCUUAAUGCAGAUAAGGUUAUUAUCUAUUACCUAUUUGCGUUUUAAGUACUGUUUAAAAAUUAAGAUGUAGGUUAAUAAAUUUGUUACAUGUACUGGUCAAAGACAUGCGAUAAUUAUAGUUACAGCUGUAAAUUUUUUUACGUGAAUUACUGAGGCAGUACUGUAAGGCAAUUUAAUCACCGCUUUCUACCAAAGUUUAGAUUCCAUGAACUAGGAAACAAAUCAUAAUGCCUUAAUAUGGUGAACCUACGGUUUAACACAGGUCACCAGAGCGUAAUAUGAUAGUUUGUAUGAGUAAAAAAAACCUGGAAUAACUACUUUAGUUAACUUUAUCAAAACAAAUCCUCAAUAAGGGUGUUGUUCUCUACCUUUCUACUAUUAAUCGUGUGUGUAAUAUGUGGGGAAAAAUUUGUAGUUCACUCUAAAUUGAUCGUUAAGUUUUGCAAGAGGGAGAACGAGGCGGCUCCAUAACUCACCGCAGUUUAAUACCAUACCGUAAAUGCUGUAAUAUGUAGUUCCAGAAAAUAGGGCGUUUUUGCACUAGAUCCCCCUCCUUGAAAUUUCCAUUCCAGGGGGUGCUUGUCAUACCCCCCUCCCCCCUGGAAUUUCCAUGAUGUUCCAUGUUGGUUGCGGGGAACUCCCUAGAAAUAAUAUUUCCGUCAAAAAAACUGUUGCACUAAGCUAUUAUGCGAAAUGUAAUAUUGUUUCAGAGAUAAAGUGAGAGAAAAGUUUCUUAUUCAUGUUAAUACAAGGUCUAAUAAACUCAAUUUUGCCCUGU